CGGUGAUUAAAAAUUGUGCGUGGUGUGCUUUUAACAAAUUACAGUUGAAUUACGAGCGGGCCAUAAGUGACAAAAAAAAAAAAAAAAGAAGCAAGUGAAGGGCACACGGGGGUUGUUCCCGAGCAAGGAAAACUCAGUGGAAAAGCUGAUGUUAUUAUUGCUGUUGAUGUUGUUGUAGCUUCGUUGCGUGAGAAAAAUCAAUUUUGCAUUUGGGCUGCCAAGCGAGGCGGCAUUAGCGAAGCAGGACAAAAGGACAAGGCUGUGGCUAGCGAACCCAAAUGACAUUUUGGCCUAACGACAAGCGUAUUAGAAAACCGAUGCUAUCAUGGCCGAUAGCACAGAUCCAGGCAGGCAUAAGGAUCCAACCAUAGAUGCCGGCGCUAGCAUGGAUGUGGGUAAGGACGUGCCCCCAAUACCAGCUGUUCGAUGGCGCCAUGCGCAUGAGCAGAAAACCACAGAGAAUGUCGAACAGCAGGAAGAGACAUCGGCAACCAAACAGCUGGAGACGUCCACAGUGACGCGUACGUAUAUGAAGACCAUUACCACGUCACUGACCACCUCCAGCAGUACCAGCGAUCUACAAUUGGGGACACCGCCGCAACGCCUCCGCCAGAAGGUGGCCCAAUACGAGAAGGUGUGGUCCGAUGGCACUGGCAAACGCCCGGCCGACCUGGGCACAGAUGAACUGCGGCAGCAGCAAAUGGACGAUUACGACGAGGAGAAUCCCUUCGAUAUCGAUGUGCACGAAAUAGAGCGACGUUUGCGUGAGGAGCGACAACGUGGCCUGGCCGAAGCGGAGGCAGCCAAGCUGGCUUUCCAGCAGGUGCACCUGCGUCACACGACUCCGCGACGUGUCGAAGUGACCAGCGAGCACACGGCCAGUCCGUUCAAUGUCACCUUGAAGACCACCAGUCGUAUAAGUCCGGGCGCUGAGCUGGGCAAUGUGGAGGAUCAGCUGUCGCCUUUCAAUGUCACCUUGCGCACCACGCGACGCACUGUGAAAAAGGAUUUGUCUCGUCAAAUGGAGCUGGAGCGCUUUCUGGACGGCGAGCGCACGGUGCGCGAAGUGCCAGCGGUGGAUGGCGUUCGCACCAUCAUUACCUCCUCAAGGACUAGUGAUGGUGGCUAUGCGGAGGAGAAAAUCUAUCGCCAUGGCGAGGGUUAUGUCUCGCCGCGUGAUUCACCCUCCUGGUCACGUUCCAGUGUGUCCAGCGAGCGUUCGAGUGUCACUUCGCCGCACAGCGUCGAUAUGACCGCGGGUGGCCGACGUAUAUUAAUCAAAUUGGAGGAUGAGCUGGAGUCACCGCUAGCCGGUGGUGAACAGGGCGAGCAACACGAUGAAACUGAUGGUUCAGUCCGUGCACGCAUUCGUCAAUUUGGUGGACACGACGAGGAUGCUAUGGCAACGGGUAACAUUGACAUUACCGUGGGUAGCAACCCACGCCGGCGUCAGCGUUUGCACCAACAAACAACGUACCAAGUGGGUGGCAACGAAACGCCACAACAACACCAGGAGCAACAGCAACGGCAACGAGCAAGCCGUCCCAGCGAACUGUCAUGGCAAACGGGAAAAUCAACAACAAAAACACUGCUAACAUCCACGCCGAUUGGCACGAAGGAGCAACCGCAAACAGUAACGCCGGACGAGGUGUUUAGUCCAGCUGCAACGUGCCAAUUGCGCGGUUCUUCGACGGAAGAAUCCCGAAAAAUUGUUAGCCACAAAACGAUAACCAGCACAACGACAACGACCACACAAUCCGAACGGUCCGAGCGGUCCUCCACGUCCUCAACGUCGCGUAAAUCAAUCGGUUUUAUUGACUCGAAUGCAAGUCCGAGCAACGCUGGCAAUAUCUCGUUUACCGCCUCGCAGAUACGCAUCAGCGACGACGCGAACGUCGACGUCAUCGAUAACGAUUCCGACACUGAGGGCGUGCCGGCCAGCAGUCUUGUGAUUGUGUCCACGCCCACGCGCUCAACAACGCCCUCGUCGGCGCAUGCAUUGAGCGGCAUCGGUACUUUUAGCAAGAGUCUGCGUCAGGAUUAUCAGACUCAAGCGCAACAAAGUAACCGUAGCACCCACACCUACGAACCCGAACACGAAUACCAGGAGUUCCAAUCCACCAUGGCGUCGAUCAAUUUCGCACGCAGUAAUUCCCAGUACGACAGCCACAUCAAAGAGAAACGAGAGGAGCAGGAACGUGUGCAGAAGAAGACAUUCACUAAUUGGAUUAAUUCAUACCUAUUGAAGCGUGUUCCACCGCUUCGUAUUGAUGAUUUAAUCAAUGAUUUACGCGAUGGCACGAAACUCAUCGCACUGCUCGAAGUGCUGUCCGGCGAACGCUUGCCCGUGGAGAAGGGCCGCGUCCUGAGGCGUCCACAUUUCCUUAGCAAUGCGAAUACGGCUUUGCAAUUUCUAGCCAGCAAACGUAUCAAAUUAGUCAAUAUUAAUCCCGCAGAUCUGGUGGAUGGGAGACCACCAGUUGUGUUGGGUCUGAUAUGGACGAUUAUAUUGUACUUCCAGCUUCGUAAAAAGAGGCGGAAAAACUUAGUUGUAGUUAUAAAUUAUGCGCCACAGAUCGAGGAGAAUAGCCGCAACCUAGAAUAUUUGGGUCAUGGUAUUGGCGGUUCGGUUAGCUCGCUCGACAGUGUUGGCAAUCAUAAGGCUGGCGGUGAUCUAAGAGCUGAGAAAUGGAAGCAAGGUGCCAAGAAAACGCUACUCAAUUGGGUAACGAAUGCCUUGCCAAAAGACAGUGGUGUAGAGGUUAAGGAUUUCGGCGCUAGCUGGAGAGAUGGCGUCGCUUUCCUCGCACUUAUCGAUGCUAUUAAAGCGAAUCUGGUUAAUUUAGCUGAGCUAAAGAAGACCAGCAAUCGUCAGCGUUUGGAAACAGCUUUCGAUGUGGCCGAAAGCAAAUUGGGCAUCGCCAAAAUUUUGGACGCUGAGGAUGUGGACGUACCCAAACCGGAUGAGAAGAGUAUAAUGACAUAUGUGGCGCAAUUCUUGCACAAGUAUCCCGAACCAAAGGGUGCAUCCCGUGACGAGUCGCAUGUGCAACAAGAAGUGGACGAAUUGCGUCGUUUCCUGUUGGAGAAGACCACCGAAUACGAGCCGAUGGUCAUGAUGAGUUCGUUCCCACGUGAUUUUAGUGAAUAUCUGUUGGCACGUUCUGAAGUUGAUGCACACUUGCCUGCUUAUAACCGACUCAAGCAACUGAUUGAGAGCCAGAGCGGUUUUCUGCAGGUCUCACGUCAAUCGUGGGAUGAGAUUAACGAGCUGUGGCAGCGUCUACAAUACCAGAUGAUGUACUGGCUCUGGCUAUUGGACGCCGAGCUGCCCGGCGAUUUUGGUGCUGUGGGCAAAUGGCUGGCCGAGGCCGAGAAAUUGCUCAUGGACAACGAUAUACCGAAUGCGAUGAAUGAGGAAACAGCCGCUGUGAUUAGUAGAAAGCUGGAGGAGCACAAGCUGUUCUUUGCCGAUCUGCCACGCAUUGUGGCCAUGUUCGACAAUGCCAAGCGCUCGCCGCUGGCCCAACAGGUGCCGCUGGAGCAGCUGCGCAACAUGGAGCGUCGCCUGCAAGAGGUGGGCCCCAGGGCCGCGGAGCGCCGAAUUCGCAUGAAAUUCCUCGAGCACAAAUGUUGCCUGAUUGCCUUCCUCAAUUUGGUGGAGAACAAGAUGCGUGGCUGGACCGGCAAGUACGGGCCCGAGGAGAAGGUCGCCCACCAGCUGGAGCAAUACAAGAACUUCGUCUCACGCAACAAGAUCUUCCAGGAGUUCCAGAAGGCAUUCGUCGAUAUGCAACAAGUGGUCGAGGAGUACAAACGUGACGGCAAUGUGGCCCGCAAGGACAUCAAUGAAAUCGAUCGCUUUAUGUAUGAGACCGAGGAGCGCUGGAAGCGUGUCUCCAUGGAGCUGAAGUGCUGUCAAAAUUCCCUCGAGGAGGUAGUCAAUUGUUGGCGCAACUGGAAUCAAUUGGCGCCCAGCUGCGAGGAGUGGCUGCUGCUGGCCGAACAGAAACUGAAUCAGAGCGAAGACGAUCGCUUGGAGUUCUUCCAGGACAUAACUGUGUGGAAGGAUAAAUUCGAUGCUUUGGCCAAUGCUGCAAACUAUUUGAUUGCCUCCUGCGAGGAGCCAAUUGCUCAGCAGCUGCGUCAACGUCAUGGCGCCCUAGCUGAGCGCUUCGAGCGUCUCUUCGCCAAUACCAAGCAAUAUAUGCAUGCUGGCGACAUCAUACGCUCACGCCAGGAAUACAAAUCGGGCAUUGAGAAGCUCUCCAAGUGGCUGCGUGGUGCCGAGAGCAUCCUGGAUCAGCGUCAAGUGCUGGGCAACAGCGAGCAAAUCCGUCGCUACGGCGAGCAGCUGCAGCAGCUGGCCAGCGAAAUCGACGACAACGAGGAACUGUUUAAGAACAUCAGUCGCACCUUCCAGUCGCUCAUUCAGGAUCUGUCGCGCGACGAGGUCGACAAAAUGAUGAAGCUGCUCAAGCAGGAGAAGGAAUCGCUGGUGCGCAUACGCGGCCAACUGCCCGCCAAGCUGCAUCUGUUCCAUCAGCUGCAGAUACAGCAGGAGUCGCUGGAAGCGGGCCAAAAGGAAAUCCACCAAUGGCUAAACGAGGCCGAACAGCUGCUGGGCACCCACAAUCUGGCCGGAGGACGCGAAUCUAUCAAUGAGCAGCUGCACAAGCACAAGACCUACUUCUCGCGCACCGUCUACUAUCGCUCCAUGCUGGAGAGCAAGAACAAGGUGUUCCAGAAUUUGGUUAAGGCUGUCUCGGCCGAUGAUAAAAUCGACACGGCACCAGCCGCACAGCAAAUGCAACAGCUAAACGAACGCUUCAACUAUGUCAUACAGAAUGCCGGCAAAUGGGAGCAACGCUUGGAGGACGCUGCCGGCGGCUGGAGCAAGUUCAAGGAUAACGAACGUGUUGUCAACGAAUGGCUGACACAGGCCGAGUCGAUGCUCGUAGAGAAGCACAUUGAGUCGAAGACAACAAUUGAGACUCAAAAGUAUUUCUUCGAACAAGUCAACGAUCGCUGGAUGAACGAUCUGGUGCAAUCGGCCCAGCAGCUGCUGAACACUCUGCCUAGCCAGGAGCAACCGGCUGUGGUGCAAAGUGUGGAGCAGCUGCAGUCGCGCUGGAAGAAUGUGCUUGCCCAGGCGCCGUUGCAUCUGCUCAAGCUGGAAUUCCGUCUGGAUGAGAACGCGUUCUAUCAGUCCCUGAAGGAUGUUGAGAAGGAGCUACAGCUGGAGCAACAGGCUCUGAAUCGUAACGAGGAUGUCGAUUCCAUCCUGCAGCGCAAUCAGCAAUUCUUGGUGCAACAGGACACUGUGCCACGCCUGGAGAAAUGUCUGCAGAAUAUGCAGCGCUUGGCCCAGGCGCACAGGCAACAGCAGCCCGGCGACUUUAGUCUGGAUCAGGCCUACGAUAAUGCCAAGGCCCAGUGGCAAAUUAUGUCCAAUAAAUUGGCCGACAUGCGCCAGACACUGCAGCAAAUACCAGCUCAAUGGCAGGGCUACCAUCUGAAGUUCGAUGAGAUGAUCAACUGGAUGAACAGCGUGGAUCAGAGCCUUAAGAACAUUGUUAACGAGGUCAACACCAUGGAGGAGUUUGAAAAGGAGAAGGUCGUUUUCCAGAAAAUCUGCCAGGAUGCAGAUAACAAACGUGAGGACAUGAAGUGGCUGGUCAAAACGCUAGACUCUCUGCUCAGCUAUGCCACCGAAGACGAGGCAAAUCUGGAGCAAAAGAAGCUGGAAGAUCUAAUUGCACGCUACAAGAACCUUAUACCCACCAUUGAGAUAACAAUGGUCAAGACCGAGGUGUUCUCCAAAUGCUAUACAUAUCGUCGCGAAGUGCACGAAGUUGUUUGCCUGCUGACCAAGGUCAAGGAUCAAACGGCCAAUAUUCCAGCGCCCGAAAGUCUGGACCGUGUUAAUCGCCUAAUUGAGGAGCAACAGUAUGCCAUCAAUCAGCUCGAUCAUCAGCGGCCACACAUCAUGUCCAUGCUGCAACGUGGACGUGAUCUCAGCAAGGAUGUGCACGCCCCAGCCUUUGUCAAUGCCGAGGUGAAAAAUCUGGAGACCGGCUGGAAUCAAGCUUAUACCGAAACCGCAGAUAAGCUGCAAGCGCUCAAGGGCACUCAGGCAGUGUGGAGCGAGUUUGUCGACCAGAAGAACGAUAUCUUCUCCAUGCUGCAAACCGCUGAGACAGAGCUGCGCGCUCUUACCCCACUCCAGACGGAUCCCAAGAAUGUCAGUCAAGAUCUGAAGUCGAAGCGUGAUCUGAAUGUGCAGCUGCAGCAGGCAUCGCAUCAAUUGUUGCCCAAGCUGCAUGCCCUGAAAUCGGAGCUGGCGCCGCUAGCCGCUGCCGAUAAACGUCCCAUACUCGAGAAGGAGGUCACUGAGGUAGAGAAGAUGUUCUUCAAUACCAUGGAGCACGUCAAAGAUCGUGUGGGCUACCUGGAGGACUACAGUGCCAAGUGGAAUAACUAUAAGACGCGUCUAGCCGAGCUGCAGGAAUGGGCCAACAAGGUAGCACCCAAGAACAUUGAAGCCCUCCAAUCCGAGGAUCUGACGCCGGAGGAGCGCGUUGUCAAGGUGCAGUCCUUCAAGCGUGUGCUCGGCGAGCGCAUGAAACAGCUGGAUCUACUGGCCGCUGAUGCAUCGGAGCUGGCACCCAAAGAGGGCAACAUCGCCGAAGCGAAACGACUUAAGGGUGAAAUCUCCAAGCUGCAGGAAGUGCUCAGUGCCAUCAAUCGCAAUGUGGAUCAUCAGGCACAGGCCGUGCAGGAGGAUCUGAUCAACUGGCAGCAAUUCCAGGCCGGAUUGCAACAGAUCAAGCCCGCUGUGGAGCAAAGCGAAGUCAAGGUAAAUAAUAUAGUUCCUAAACCUAUUACACUUGAUGAAGCCGUUGCCUUGCAACAAAAUGCCAAACAAUUUGAAACACACUGCCUGGAGCAAUUGGACAAACUCCAUGGCAUAUCAAACAUCAGUCAUAAAAUGUUAUGCAAAACCAAUGCCCCCGAUGAGUUAGAUGCCAUGCACUCCCGCUGGACAGCGGUCCAUGAAAACGCGAAACAGGCGAGCGCCAAGCUCGAAAAGCUCGUCGCCAAUUGGAAGUCCUUCGAUGGCGAUGCAGCCAAAUUGGAGGAUUGGAUUGAUCAGGGUGCACAGCAGAUGGGUAAGCGUCCGGCUGUGCUAAACACUCCGCACAUCGACAAGCUCGAAAAGGAGCUGGUCAAGCUAAAGUCCUUCAACAAUGAGAUAUCUCAGCAGCAGGCCAAGCUGGUCGCUCUUGGCCAAAAUGCCGAUCAAAUCAGUUUGCAUCUGGCGCCAGAGGGCGCUGUAGCUGUCAAGGAUCGCGUCAAUAAUAUGAAGGGUAAAUUGCAGAAGUUGUCAGAGGCUACACGCGGCAACAUCAACGAGGUCUCCGAUGCGAUUAUUUCGCGUCAAGACUUCAAUGCCAAAUUGGUCAACUUCUCCAACUGGAUGGAACAGUUGCGCAAUCAGGUUACACAGGUCGAGGAAAUCAAUCCGGAGCGUGUCGAGACCAGUUUGCAUGUCAUCCAUGCAUUGCUGCAGGAGCAUGCCGACAAGAAGCCCAGUUUCAAUGCCAUCUACGAUGAGGUCAAGCAACUGGCACUGGGCGCGACUCCAGAGGAGUCUAAUGCACUGAAUGAUGCGUAUACCGCCCUUGUGGUGAACUACCAGAACUUGGAGUCGAACAUGCUGCAAAAGAAGGCCGCAUUAGAGAAGUGGACCGAGCUUUUGGGCUGGAAACAUGAUACUGAAUCGCACUUGAACUACUUGAAGCAUCAAUUGGAAAAGCCCGAGGGACCCUCUGUUGAGGAGCUAAAGAAGGCCAUCGAUGAAAUCGAUCAUCUGGGUCAGGGUCUGAGCUACUGGAAGGGACAAGCCAAGGAAAUCGAUGAGAAUCCAGCCAUACAACUACGUGAUGCACUGUCUCGUCGACCACUGAUCGCCACACAGAUCGUUAAUGAUCUGGAAAACAAGUUGGAAAAUCUGAAACUCCGUUCGCAGAAUCAACAGCAACAGCUGCAGCAGAUGACUGUGCGCAAAGACAAGUUCCAUGCACUGGAGCACAACUUUGGUCAGGCACUGCAGGAGAAUCGCGAAAAGCUCGACCAAAUCCUCAAACAGCAUCCCAAUUUGAAUAACAUAGAUCAAAUCAUUGCCGAUCUUGUGGCGCUGAAUGAUGCGCUUAAAUAUCAGGCAGAUCUUAAGGAUCGCAUUCACGACGAGGGUUCUCUUUUGAUGCGUGAGGAUAUUGCCAGUAUGCCGGCCAUUCAGGAGAGUCUCCUGGUGUUGGAUAAGAACUACGAUUCGCUGCAAAAUGAAAUAGCUGAUCGCAUCCAAAAAUAUAAUCUCAUCAGUCAGGCCUUGCGGGAGUACGCCGAGUCCAAGGACAAGUUCUCCAAGGAACUCAAGAAAGCCGAAGACUUGUUCAAUGCCAUACCCCAACAGCCAGGCGAUGAAACCGCCCUGCAUCAGGCGUCUGAGAAGACACGUAAGACCAUGGAGCAGCUACGCAAAUCCAAGAUGAAUCUCGAUGAACUCGAACGCCGCGGCAACAAUGUGGCUAAAUUGUUCACAGCCAUUGGUGAGCCGGUGCCCCAAGAGGUGCAGCAAGAGGUUGCCGCUGCCAAGCAGCAAUGGCAGGACCUGCACGACAAGACGGCCAAGAAUGCGCAUGUCUACGAGACUGAAGCAGUCAUUUGGUCUCAAAUUGAGGACGCCAAAAAGGAUCUGCUACCUUGGCUCUCGGAAACCAAUCAGGGUCUUUGCGAUGCUGCCGAUAAUUCAAUUGAAAUCGAAUUCGGACCUAUGCGUCUAAGCAAAUAUCGCAACGAGCUGCCUUCUUAUCAAGCCCUUAAAGAUACAAUCCUUGAGAAGACCAACGAUUUGAUCAAGAUCAACAAUGGACAAGAGAUACCCGCCUUGAGUGCACUCAAUCAGCUGCUGAAUGAACAAUUUGCCGAGGUAAGCAACAAUGCCGAGCGCCUGAGCGCCGUCACCACAUCGUUUGCGGAUCAGGAACAGGAGCUACGUCGACGCAGUAAGGUAGCCGGCGAGCAGGUGAGCAAGCUGCGCGAACAGCUGAUCAAAUGCGACGAUAUGUCUGGCGAUAACAACAAGAUCAUGGAACGAUUGCUGCAAUGCCGUGCACUGCGCGCUCAGCUGGAUCAAAGUGGCAACGAAAUCGAAAAUAUCAAACAAAAUGUGGAUGAACUGCGUAAUUUAUAUCCCACAUUCAAUGAGUCCAUCAUACCCAAGGAGCUGAACAAUGUGCAGAAACGGUACGAGGGCGUCGAUCUCUAUGCCAAGAAGAUUGAGAGCUCAUUGCUGCAGUUCCUCAAGAAGUUCCACGCGGACAAGGUAGGCAUGCUGAAGCGUCUCAUUGCCACACAGCGCGAGAAGGUCGCAUGGUGUCAGCCAGAGUCGACAAGUGACAAAUACAAUCUGGAUGUAAAGAAGUCCUCGCUGCAGGAGGUCAGCAAGAGCAUUGACGACUGCAAGGCGCGUCAUGCUGAAACACUAAGAUCCCUCGAGAUGCUGAAGGCCGUGGAAACUCCAGAAAACCUGGCCGAGUUGAAUGCCGAUGCUGAGCUCAUGGGCAAGGAAAUGCAAGCGUUGCAGGACAGCUUUGAUCGCAUCAAGGACAUCCUGGAUGAGAACGUUGAUCUCUGGACACAGUAUGAGCAAUCAAACGAGCAAAUCUCCAACUGGCUGCGGGAUGUGGAAGGUCGCGUUAAGGCGGAGACCAGCAGCCAGGUGAAUCUGCCCGAGGUGGCGCAGAAGUUGCAGGAGCUGGCCAUACUACAGCAGGAUGUGCUCGCCCAUGAGCCAAUUAUCAACAAUUUGGAGCGUACGUCACAGCAGCUGAUCGAAAAGAAUCCAGAGGCGCGUAUUGGACAGUUCGUUACGCAUUUGGUGCAGCGCUACCAAACCGUUGCCAAGAGCCUUGGCGGACACAUUGACAAAAUACGCAAUGCACAGCUGUCGAAUGCCAACUUUGCCAAGGCAUCGAAAGAUUUUAACGAAUGGUUCGGCGAUGCCAAGAUUGAGUUCCAGGAACUGGCGCGCAUGGGAUCUCCAGGCUCUUCGUCAGCUACGGCCCAACAAUUGCAGACCAUCAAGAACUAUCUGAAGACCUUCGACAAUGGUCAACUAUUGCUAAACAAUGCUGUCGAUAUUGGUGAAGGACUUUAUCCAGUCGUCUCGCCUGAGAAUCGCGAACGCAUUCGAGCGGAUCUACGUCAAAUGCGUGAGAAAUACGAUUAUUUGCGCGACGAGGCCAAUGCGUUGAUGCAGCAGGUUGAGGGCGUGCUCAUACAAAAGACAUCCAUUGAGGAGAGUUAUACUCAGGUGUCGCACUACCUGAACGAGUCCAAGGCUAAGGUGACUGCAGCCGAUGAACUCUAUCCCACACUGGCAGCCAAGAAAGCAGCUCUUCAAAACUAUAAAACGCAAUUGCAGGAAAUCACAUUGCACAAGAAUGCGCUGAAGCAGUUGCACGAUAAGGCGGUAACACUAUGCGACGAUGAAUCAGAGCGUAAAACGGAUGAAUCCAUUCAGGAAUAUAAUACGCUAUCGAAGCAGAUUUCGGACCGCAUCAAUACCGUAGGCAAUCAAGUGUCCCAGCAUGAAGCUUAUGAUCAGGUGCUGGAGAAGGCGCAGGAUUGGCUCAACACCAUCAAAUCGGAGGCAAUCGAUAUUUUGAAUGAAACCACAUUCGAGAAGGAGGGCGCCGAGGAGAAAUUAAUUGUCGUUGAGAAUUUGCUGCAGCAUAAGCCCGAGGGUGACUCCAUUUUCGAGACAUGCCACAAUCUGUUGCAGACGGUGCUGAAACAAACCCAUCCCAAUGGUCAUCCGGCGCUGCUGAAGGGCUUUGAGGAGCCGAAAAAUGCAUGGGAAGAGUUCAUGUCGCUCUGCCAGGACUCGCAAGUGAAGCUCAAGCAGCUCUGCUCCAAGUGGGAUGAGUUCGAUUCUAUUAUCGAUGAGCUCGACAAUUGGAUGAAGAAUGUUGAGGCUGUGGUAAAGAAUCAGAGUCUGAAGAGCACUGCCGAAGCUAAGAAUGCUCAUUUGAAGCAACUGCAAGAGAGUGCCAAGGAUAUUGAACGUCGCGGCGUAGCUAUAAAUCAGCUGAUGGAUCAGGGACGAGAAAUUGAAGGGGAAACCGAUUUGAAUUUGAAACUUUCUCGCUUAAACACGCGCUAUCAGACACUGAAGAACCUGUGCAAGGAAUCAAUAGCGAAGUACGUAAACUACGUCAAGGAUCACGACAGUUUUGACGCGGACUAUGAUAAAUUUAAGCAGGAUUUGCAAAACUGCGCCAACGAGCUGGCGAAGACCAAUGAAAUCGUUGGUGAUCAGAGCGUAUUGCAGGAUCAGCAAAACAAAUUACGUGAGAUGUCUGACAAGCGCAUUGUAGACUCCACUGUGUUCGAGAGUCUGAUUGAUCGCGGUGAGAAGCUGUACGGCCACACGAGUCCUGAGGGUCGUGAGAUCAUACGUCAACAGCUGCGAUCCCUGCGCACUUUGUGGGACAACUACACGGAUGAUCUGAACUCGGCUACGCAUAAGAUUGAUCAAUGUCUGCUACAAUUUAAUGAGUUCACCAUAGCUCAAGAUCAGCUAACCAAGUGGCUCAAGGAUGUAGACAAGGCCAUGCAGAGCCAUACGGAACCGAAAACAACGCUCCAGGAGAAACGCGCUCAGCUGCAGAAUCACAAGCUGUUGCAUCAAGAGAUCACCACACACAAUGUGCUCGUUGAUAAUGUAUGCGACAAGGCGCAAAUCUUAGUGGAUCAAAUAAAGGACAACUCCCUGAACGUUUAUCUGCAGUCGAUCAAGCAGCUAUUCCAGAACAUUGUGCAAAAGUCCGAUGAAAUACUGCAGAAUCUGGAGAGCUGCGUGCAGAAGCACAGCGAGUUAAAUAAUGCAUUGAGCUCUGCUAAGACAUGGAUCUCGAAUGAGAAGGCCAAACUGCUGGAAUGCGAUGAUUCCUACGGCGAAAAGGCAGAUAUAAAGCGUAAAAUUGAAACCCUUGGCCAAUUGGCACAAAAUAAACCCCAGGCGAUGAAAAUAAUAAGCGAAAUACGUGCGCAAUUUGAGACCGUGAAACCCGCCACCUCCGAGAAGGGCAUUGAGGUGCUUGAGAAGGAAAUCGAUGAGCUGGAAACAACAAUGAAGAGUCACUUUGAUGACAUCGAAGGCAUCGAGGGCAAGCAAAAAGAUGUACUCUCACAGUGGGAUACAUUUGAGCAGAAUCUGGAAGAGCUCACCAAAUGGUGUCGCAACGCUGAGGCCGUGUUCCGUGAGCAGCAGCUGAAGUCAACGCUGCAUGAGAAGGUCGAGCAAAUGGAUAAAUACAAAAUACAGAGGGAGCUCAUACUGCAAAAGGAGAAGGAAAUCGACGCCUUUGGCGAUACGGCACAUGCUUUGCUCAACAACUGCGGUGCAGAUCGCCUGAAGACGUUGACAACGCAAAUCACAAAUCGUUAUCAACUGCUGCAGGUGUUGAGCAAAGAGGUGGUCAAUCGCUGGUCCAAUCUGGUGGACGAUCAUCAGUUCUAUCAGGACAAGUAUAACGAGGUGGACUUGUGGCUGCAGCCGAUUGAGACGCAGCUGGAAAAGGCACUCAAGGAUGAGCCCACACAAAGCUCCAAUAUACUGCAGGUUUUACUUUCGGAACGGGAGCAGGCUGAGAUCUUGUUUGGUGCAUUGAAUGCUGCCGGCGAAAAGGCUUUGCCCGAGACAUCGACCCAGGGCAGAGAGAAGAUUCGCAAGGACUUGCGUGACAUACGCGAUCGUUGGGAUAAACUGGACGAAGGCAUUCGUAAUUUGGAGAAACGCCAAGAGGCACAAUCCGUACAGCUAUCCAGCUACCAAGAUAUACUGACUCAAACAGUCAACUGGUUGGAUCAGGUUGAAAAGUUGCUGCACAACGAGAACCCGGCGAGCUGGACCAGUGCACAGGAAAUUCGCUCCAAGCUGUAUAAAUACAAGGCGACCAAUCAGGACAUCAAUUCGCACAAGCGCAUUGUCGAGGCUGUCAAUGAGAAGGCAGCAGCUCUACUGAGUAGCGCCGCCCCAGCCAACGCUGAUGAGAUCGCCAAAUCUGUGGCUGAUAUUAACAAGCGCUAUGAACAAGUUGGCCAGGAUUGUGCUAAGCUGGUAACAGAUCUCGAUGCAGCAUUCGAGGUAUAUCAGCAGUUCAGUGAGCUGCAGAAAGCACAACAGGAUUAUCAAAAGAACCUGUGGGAUCGCCUGACCGGCUACUCGGACUAUUCGGGCAACAAGGCUGCGUUGCAAGCGCGUCUCCAAAAGAUCAAUGAAAUUCAGGAUGCUCUACCAGAGGGUGUUGCCAAGCUGAAAGCACUUGAGGAACACAUCGAGCAGCAUGCGGGCAGCAUACCAGCUCGCUCUAAGGAAGCCAUGACACGUGAUUUGGCCAAUUUGCAUGCCGAUUUCGAAAAGUUCGGUGGAUCACUGAGCGAUGUGAAGAGCGGGCUAGAGAAUCGAUUGCAGCAAUGGAACGACUAUGAAAUCGAUUUGGAUCGCUUGAUCAACUGGCUGGGUGAAGCUGAGAAUACGCUCAAGAACUACAACCUAAAGAACUCGUUUGAGGAAAAGGAGGAGCAGCUGAAUCGCUUCCAGUCUAUGGCUCAGACUCUGCGCCAGAACGAAGCGGACUUUGAGAAAAUGAAGGAUGACACCUCAGAGUUGGUGCAAAGCUCGGGCGAGACGAGAAUCGCUGUCAAUGUGCAACAAGUUUCAUCACGUUUCCAGUCCAUCCAAGCAACUGCAAAGGAAAUACUCAAGAAAUGCGAACAAGCUGUUCAGGAUCAUUCCCAUUUCAACGAGAAGUACAAGCAAUGCGCUGACCUCUUGGCCAAUGCACAGGCACGCUACGAUGACUGCAGCGAUUUGUCUACGGUGGCAUCACGCGAUGAUCUGCUCAAGAAACAGCUGAUCAUCCAGGAGCUGCUGGCACAGCAGCCCACGGCAACACAGCUGCUGAAUAGCACCGUAGAGCUGGGUGAAAAGUGUUACAGCUCCACAGCCACCGAAGGACGUGAGGCCAUACGCAGUCAACUGAAUGAUCUUACCUUCGAUCAGCUGUUCGAUAAUAUUGCCAGUACUGCUCGCAAGAUACAGGAUAAGAUUGCCAAAUGGUCUGGUUUUGAUGAGACCGCUGACAGUCUGAAGAGCUGGCUAGACAAUGUGGAGCGCGAACUGCCAGCUGAGAUUGAGCUGAUGACCACGCUGGAUGAGAAACGCAACAAGCUGCAGGCCUAUCGUGAUGUGCUGAAUGAUAUCUCCAAUCAUCAAGUGGAAGUUGGCAAUCUGCACGAGAUCGCAGCUAAUUUGCCCGAGAAAACUGAGCAUGUGGAUCAGAUUCUAAAGGAUAUCACAGAUCGUUUUGGCAAACUGCAAAAGCGCGCCCAGGGCUAUGUGGAACGGUAUGAGGGCAUUGUGAGUGCUCAUCAGCAAUACUCCAAGGCUGUCAUGGAUGCACAGGAGUUCAUUGAUGCCACUCUGAAUACUGUGAACUACUGGGGUGAUCUGGAUUUGGAGCAAACCUCUUUGCAUACCAAUCUAGAUCGGCUGAAGAACCUGAAGGCCAGUCUGGCCGACGAGUUUCCACGCGUGGAUCAAGUCCGAGCGCUGGGCGAGAAGGUAAUACCCGGCACCGUUGAUGUGGGUCAAGUGAAUAUCAAAUCCCAGAUCGAUACAACACAACAGGAAUGGGAAGGUCUGCUGGCAGCCAUUGGCUCAACUAUCGAAGCUAUUGAGGCACGCCUGCAACAGUGGUCGGAGUAUGAGCAGCUACGUGAUCAGUGCUUGGCCUGGAUUCGGGACACCGACAACGAGUUGCAUGCCAUCGACCUCAAGGAGGAUCUGCCCAAGAAGCGUGCCCAGUUAGAUACACUGAAGGCACUGCAAGGUGAUGUGCGUGCCAAGGAAUUGGAAGUGGAUAAUGUUACGGAGAAGGCGCAAACCUUGCUGAAGGGACCCAGCACAACUCGUUCGUCUGGCCCCGAAUUGGUUACCAAAUAUCAGCAAAUCUUCCACAAAGUCAAGGACUUGAAUAAUCGCUGGCAGCAAUAUGUCAGCUCUCACGAAGACUUCGAUAACUCCAUCAGCGAGUGCGCAUCGUGGAUAAAUGGCAUUAAGGAGAAAUUGGACUACUGUUCGGACAUGUCGUCGAUGAGUCAAAAGGAACUCGACAAGAAACUGGCCACCAUCCAAGAUGUGAUUCUGCUCAAGGACGAGGGAUCUGCACGAGUGCUGAAAAUCUUGGAGCAGGCUCAGCAUGUGCUUGCAAAUACCGCACCCAAUGGCCACGAGGCCAUUAACAAGGAGUUGUCAGAGUUGCAGGAUCUUUGGUCUGGCAUUGCUCUGCGUAUUAUGGACGUCAAGGCUAAUCUUGAUGAUUCCAUCACGCAAUGGUCUGGAUUCCUGGAUCAAGUACAAAAUGUGCGCAAGUUCAACGAAUGGCUGGAUGCAUUGCUCAAGGAAUUGGGUGAGCAUCAGACAACCAUGACGGAGAAACGCGCCCAGCUGGAUCGUGUCAAGUCCACGGAGGAGAAGGUUCGCGUGGAAAAAAUCGAUGUGGAUUCUCUGAAGAUUCAGGCUAAGGAAAUGAUUGCCAGCGGCCAACAGAGCCAAGCGGCCUUCCAGGCACAAAAAGUGCUGGACACAUUCGAUGAGCUAUUUGCCAAGACCCAGAAAUUAUUGUCGGAUCGCCAGGAUCAGUACAGAGAUCAUCGUCUAUUCAAGGAAGCGUACGAUGACCUUGUCAGCUGGAUAAGUCGAGCACGUGAGAAAUUCCCCGCACUGAAACAGAGCAGCCUCAGCGACAAGCUGGCCAUUGAGAAUGCCGUGCAGGCCACCGAAGCUCUGCUCAAUAAACAGGCCCAGGGCGAACUUCUAGUUGAGCAUUUGGUGCACACUGGUGAGGUGGUUCUGGCAAGUACAUCGACGCAGGGCCAAGAGAUCAUACGCAAUGAUAUACGCGCACUACGUGAUAGCUUCGAAAGUUUGUUCCGUGAGAUCAAUCAGCAGAAAGAGAACUUGGAAGUUACCAUGGUGCAAUGGCGCGCAUAUAAAGAGGAGUAUGAACGUCUCAUGGAAUGGCUACAACAGAUCGAUAUACUUGUCAAGAACCAUAAGCUGAACCUCUGUCCCAAUCUGCCCGACAAGGAGAAACAGGUGGCCGAUAUGCGUGAGGUGAUGUCUCGCUUGGAAAAGGGCAAGGAUGACAUUGAUAAGUUCAAUGCCUCCGCUGCGGGUCUGCUCAAAUCGCAUCUGGAUAGCUAUGUGAACAAUCAGCUUAGACAUUUGGGCUCCAUGUAUCAGGUACAGGUUAAUUUGGCCAAGGAUGUGCUGAAGAAGGUCGAAACGAAUCGCGAUCAGCAUCGCGAAUACGAUGCGAAUAUGAAGUCGGCCAGGGAUUGGAUAGCGAAUGCCAAGCAAACUAUUCAAUCUGCUGGCGAUGGAGCUGGCUCGAAGGAGGCGCUUCAACGUCGCCUCGAGCAAAUCCAGGACUUGAUACGCAAUCGUGAAUAUGGCCAAAAUCUGGUGCACACAGCCAUCAAUAAUGGCGAGAAGAUUAUUCGUAAUACGCGCUCCGAUGGACGCGAUGCCAUUAACAGCGAAAUGAAGGAGCUGCAAACCGAUUGGGAUCGCCUGGUCAAGAAAAUGUCCACCGCCAAAGUGCAGCUAGAGACGAAUCUGUUGCAAUGGGCUGACUACAGCUCCAGCUAUACGCAGCUGCAGCAAUGGAUCACCGACCGAGAGGCCAAGCUGCAACAGGCGUGCGAGCAAAAGAUUAUCAAGUCGCAGCGUGGACAGCCAGGUCUCAGCAGUGGGCUGAGCGAACGCAAGGCCAAUCUGCGCCAGACCAACAACAUUGUCCAGGAUAUUGUCUCGUUUGAGCCCAUGAUACAGUCGGUGACCUCGAAGGCCUCUGAUUUGCAACAGGGCGCACCGGCUACAGAAAUCUCCGAUAAGUACGAGAAUCUGACCAAACAGGCCAAGGAUCUGUAUGCCAAGCAAAAGAAUACCAUCGAUAGCUACCAGGCGUUGAUCGAUGCAGGCAAUGAGUUUGCCACCUGGUUACGCAAUGCCAAGGAAAGACUGAGCAAAUGCUCCGAGCCAACGGGCGAUAAGCAAGCCUUAGCCGAGAAGACGCAUCAGCUUAAGAUUCUGCAGGGUGAAGUACCCGAGGGCUCCACAAAGCUACAAAAUGCAUUGGCUCAGGGUGAGAUUGCUUGCCGCACAGCAGAGCCCGAGGAUUGCGCAAUCAUUGAACAGGAAGUCGCACUUCUACAGGAGGAGUUCGAUGCCUAUGUGGAAGCACUGAACAAGGCCAAGGAUUACCUGGAAGUGGGCAUUGUCAAGUGGUCGGACUACCAAGAUCAGUAUACCGAGGCGCUCGAAUGGCUUACCAAGACGGAAGCCCUCGUUCAGUCCUACAACAAGCUGCAGGACAGCCUGACCCAAAAGAAGGUGGUGCUGGAGCAAUUCCAGGGACAUCUACAAACUCUGUUCGACUGGCAGAAGACACUCGAUCAUCUGAACAUGAAGGCUCAGGUUCUGCUCGAGACCUGCUCCGACACUCGCAUCAGCAAUGCCAUCAUGCAGCUGACCACCAAAUACAACGCUCUAUUGACGCUGGCCAAGGAGGUUAUGCGACGCUUGGAGCUGCACUACCAGGAGCAUCAACAACACCAUUCGCUCUACGAGGAAUGCCAGUCCUGGAUUGAGAAUACUCGCGAAAAGCUCGCCGAAUGCGAGCAAAUACCCGGCACAUUGAACGAGGUGCAAAUCAAAUUGAAUACGGUCAAGAAUUUGCGGCAAGGCUUUGAAACGGGACAGAACAAGCUGCGCUAUCUGCUGGAGCUUAAGGAGAAGGUCAUUAUGAACACCGAGCAGAAUGGCGCAGCUAAGAUUCAAGAGGAUACCGAAUCCCUCAAGCAGGACUUUGAUAAGCUGCUUGUGGAUCUGAACGAUGUGCGCCAGAAGUUGGCCAAUCGUCUGUCCCAGCUGGAGGAGAUCUUCAAAUUGUACAAGAUUCUGCUCGAGUGGCUGGAGGACAUUGAGCCCAGCGUCAAGGCCAGCGAGGAGUAUUUGAAUGACUUGAGCGAAAAGCGUGCAGCGCUGGAGAAAUUCCGCGUCACACAGCGCGACAUCAAUGGACACAACGAUAUUGUGGAGAAGAUCAAUGUACGGCUGCGCGAGGACAAUAGCUUGGACAAGGAUGACUUUGCGCCUGGUCUGAACAAAUUCGAUGAGCUGCAAGCGCAAGUUAACAAGAUCAUCGAAUCGCUCGAGAACCAAGUGAACAAUCACGAGAAAUACAAGCAGGCCUACAAUGAGCUACAGGACUGGCUACGCCGCACACGCAUCGAAGUGGAGCAAUGCGCCGAUUGUCAUGGCGAAAAGGAUCAGGUGGAGGAGCGUCUGAAUCGCCUGGGCGAUAUACAGGCAGCCUCCAUGGAGGGCAAAUCACUGCUCGAUGCCUGCGAGGAGCUCAGCCAGGCGGUGAUCGCUACCAGUGGCAGCGAGGGUCAGGACAAUGUGGUCCAAGAGAUCAAGCAUCUGAAUGGAGAAUGGGAAACGCUGCAGGCUCUAUCGCGAGAUGCGCGCAGCGGCCUGGAGACCUGUCUGGCCGCCUGGGAGACAUUCCUGCAAAAGUUCAACAAAAUAAAUUUGUGGAUUGUAACAAUGAGCAAGCGCGUUGCCAAAUCACAGGAAGCCGAUAAUAAAACCACCGAAGAUUUGGUCAAUGCUAAGAAACUGCUUGAUGAAGUGCUGGCCGAACGUGAAAAUGUCGAGGAUCUGAACGACAACUGUGAGCUGCUGAUGGAGCAAAGCGCCUGCACUCGCAUUCGUGAUCAAACCAUCGAGACUCAGGCCAAUUAUACGAAAUUGUUGACAUCCGCUCAGGGUCUGGUGGCCAAGAUCGAAAAGAAUCUGUCGGAUCAUACUGAGUUCCUCAACUAUAAAAAGGAAAUGGACGCCUGGAUCGAGAAGGCACAGCAAGUGCUCAACGACUGCAGCAUCGAUGGGGAUGCCUCAAUCAUUGCACAAAAAUUGGAGACAGUCAAUUCACUGGCCUCCCAUUUGCCAGAGGGUCAACAUUUGCUGGUCAUGGUACAAGAUGCCUACUCGAAGGCCUCGAAUAUAACACCCGAGGACAAGCAGGAGAAGUUGCGGGAGCUGAUGACCAAGGUGCGAGAGGACUGGGAUGCCUUGGGCCUGGCUGUUAAACAGAAGCUCAGCGACUUGAAGCAAGCCCAAAAUCGUUGGAAUGAUUUCGCAGCCAAUAAGGAGAAGCUUGACAAAUGGCUAAUCGAAACCGAGAAGACCCUGAAGAUAGCGCCUGAGACAAAGGGCGAGCUGAGCGAGAUGAAAACGUUGCUGGAGCGCUACAAGACGCUCGGCAACGAGCUCAAGCAGAAGGGCAACGAUCUGGAGCAGCUGAUGUCGGAGGCACGUGACCUGGGCACCGAGGUGGAUGCCGUCAAUCGUUUGCAGUCGCGCUGCGAUAAGCUGAAGAACGAUUGUGCUGGCUACAUUCGCGAUCUGGAGCAGGAGAUGCUCGACUAUAAUGGCUAUCACCAAAGUCUGCAGGACGUGGAGAAAUGGCUGCUGCAAAUCUCCUUCCAGCUGAUGGCGCACAAUUCGCUCUUCAUUUCGAAUCGUGAACAAACUCAGGAGCAAAUCAAACAGCACGAAGCGUUGCUGAGCGAGAUUCAAAAGUAUCAGACCAACUUGGAUGAUCUGAAUGCCAAGGGUCAGGCGCAGAUUAAGCGCUAUGAGCCCACGACGCCUGCCAUACGUCCGACUGUCGAGUCGCAGCUGAAGAACAUACAGGAGAGCUACAACUCGCUGCUGCAGACGUCGGUGCAGAUCAAGAAUCGUCUGCUCGAAUCGCUGGCCAAGUUCCAGGAGUACGAGGAUACACUGGACAAUAUCAUGCGCAAUCUGGAGGCCUAUGAGCCCAUCAUACAAACCGAACUGGAUGCCCCGGCCACUAGCCUGGAGUUGGCACAGAAUCAACUCAAGUGCGCUCAGGAUAUGCAAAAUAAACUGAACAACGAGAAAUCCAGGCUGGCAGCGGCCGUGCAGGCCUGUGAAGCAGCCACAGCUUCCAUCAGCCGACCCAGCUCGCCCCUGGAGACGGCCAUGCAUGCCAUACCCGAACGCGAACUGAUGGUGCGCGCCAAGCUUGAAGAUCUGCUGGAUCAGAAGCCGCCGCCAAAGACUCAGAGCUCAACCGAGGAUGACAACGAUCUCGACGUUGAGCUCAGCGAUGUGAAUGAGGCGCUGUCGGAUCCGAUUGCUUACGAGCGUAUUCAAAACUAUCGUCGCAUAGUACAGCUGAAUAGCGCACACGUGAGCAAGCUGAAUGCACUCGCCGCUAAGGUGCAAUCCCACUUGGGUGGUCUGACUGCAUCCGUUAGCGAACUGGAGCAACAGCAGAAACAGCGCGCCGAGCUGCAGGAUUGGGUUAAGAAACAACAGAGCUCCGUCUCCGAUUGGCUAAUGCGUCCGUGCAAGCUGCGUCCGGAGGCCGCGCAACAAGAGCUCGUUGCCAUGAACGAUCUAUUGAACUCUAUUGGGGACAAGCGCUCCCAGCUGAUGCUCGAAAUGACAGGAUCAUUAGGCGAUGAGGACACCGAUCUGGAUGAUAACAUUGACAAGCUGGAGUCGGAGCUCAUGGAUGCCAUUGCCAAGAAGCAGGCGGGCCAAAAUAUCAUCGAUGGCUAUCGCCAGGGCAUGCAGGAUGUGCAGAACUGGUUCGAUACGCUGAUCAAGCGCAUGGACGUGCUGGAUCGCGGUUCUGGUCUGAACUGUGCCCAGAAAAUGGCGGCCAUCAAUGAGAUUAAGAACGAAUACGAGCUGCAGGGACAUCCGAAGAUACAAGAGCUGAAGGGCAAGGCCGCCCAGGUGGCUGAAGUCAUUAGCAAUCUGGAUGGACAGCAGGUGGAGGAGCAAAUGAAGUCGUUGGAUCGUCGUUUUGCCGAUCUGGGCAAGCGCAUCGAUCGCAAGGCCCAGCUGCUGGAUGUGACCAACAAGGGCGUUGAUGGAGCCAAGGGUGAAAUCGAUCAACUGCAGCAAUGGGUGAAGCAGCAAAUCGAGGAGCUGCAAGCGCCGGCUGCUCUGGGAUUCUCGCCCAAGGAUGCGGAGGCGCGCCAGCAAAAGAUCAAGAGCCUGAUGAAGGAUGCCGAGGCAAAGCAAUCGCUGGCCGAUGUGCUCGAGAAGCGCAUUGCCAACAUGCAGCCCGAGCUGGAGUCUGCGGAAUAUGCCCAGCUGGAGUCCGCGUUGCGUAAUCUGAAUAGCGAAAAUCGCAAUUUGGCUGGCGUCUUGAAGGCCGAGCUGGAUCGUGCCCUGGAGGCGAGCAAGGCGCGUAAAGCGCUCGAGAAUGAUCUGGACAAGGCGCGUCAAUGGCUGAAGGCCAAAAUCUCUGAGGUGCGCAAGCUGCCCGUCUAUCAUCCGCUGACCUCCGCUGAGAUCGAGAAGAAGAUCCAGGAGAACAAGAAAUACGACGACGAUGCCAAGCAAUUCAAUGACAGCGUCCUCACUGAUGUCCAGCGUCAAGCUGCCAACAUUAUGAAGGAUUGCGGUGAUGCGGACAAGGCAGCGCUGCAGCAAAUUCUGGAUGAAAUUGCCGCUGACUAUCAGACGCUGAAGGAUGAGAGCGGCAAGCGCGGUAAAUCCCUGGACGAUCUGUUGCAGGGACGCAAAGCCUUUGAGGACUCGAUGAAGAAGAUGGGCGACUGGUUGAACGAAAUGGAGACCGCAACCGAAGGUGAACUGCGCACCACCAGUCUGCCAGUGCUCGAGGAGCAGUUGGCCCACUACAAGAAACUCCUGCAGAACGCCGAGAACAUGGGCGGCGUGAUCAACGAUGUGUCCGAGCAGGGCAAGAGCAUAUUGCCCACGCUGAGCAAUGCGGACAAGCUGAAGCUGAACGAUGACAUCAAGAACAUGAAGGAUCGCUAUAGCCGCAUCAAGCAGACAAUCGAUGAUCGUGCCAAUACGCUGGGCGACCACAUCAAGAAGUAUAAGGAUGCCAAGAACCGGUUGGCCGAUUGCAGUGAAUUCCUGAGCAGCAUACAGCAGCGCAUGAGGGAGCUGAAUCGGCCCAUUGGCUCCAGAAUUGAGGAUGUGCAGGAUCUGCUGGGUGCCUACGAGGGCAUACUGAAGGAGCUGAAGGAUAGCAAGCACAAAAUGGGCGACAUGCAAAUGGACGAUCUGCCCGAACUGCAGAGCAUCCUGGCCCAGCAGGACGAUAUGAUUAAGUUGAUUGAGGAUCAGUUGGCACAUCUGCGUCAGCUGUUGAUGCUACGUGAGCAAUUCAUUGCGCUAAUCAACGAGAUCAUUGCCUUCAUUAUGAAGUACACGGAUGUCAUCAUUGACAUCGAGAAUUCCCCGGACAGCCUCGAGGACAAGAUCAACAAAUACGACAAUGUCAUUGUAAAGAUACAGGAGUGCGAGGGUCUGUUGGCCUCGGCGAAUGAUAAGGGUCAGAAGAUCGCCUCCGAGGGCAAUGCUGCCGACAAGAACAGCAUCACGGAGCAGCUACAAUCCUUGAAGAAUCAAUUGCAAAAUCUGCGCAAGGCCGUCGAAUCGCAGCGCCAGAAGCAUCAGCUCCAGCUCGAGUCCCACAAAAAGAUGGCUGCCGAGCUAAGCGAAAUACUGGACUGGCUGCACAACAACGAAGGCGUGGCCAAGUCGCGACCCCUGCUCGAUCGUGAUCCCGAGUCGGUGGAACGUGAAUUGCAGAAGCAUCAUACACUCAGCAAGGACAUUGAAUCCCAAUUGCAGAAGUUCAACAAAAUCAACGACAGCGUCAAAUCAGACGUGGGCAUGCCCAGCUCUCUGCUCGAGAUGCUCUCCGAGGGUCGCUCUCUGGUCGUCUCGCUGCCGCAUGAGCUGGAGGAGCGCGAGAAGUAUUUGAAGAACAAUCGCGACUCGCGUCUGGAGUAUAUGCAGCUGGUGGCCAAGUUCAACGAUUGGGUGCACGAGGCUGAGCUGCGUUUGCAGAACAGUCAGCAUGGAAUCGACUACGAGCACCUUGUAAACGACCUGGAGGAGCACAAGAUCUUCUUUGGCAACGAGGCGCCCAUACGCAAUCUGGUGCACAAGCAGAUUCAGGAAGCUUCCGACAAGAUUUGGUCCUCACUCAACAGCUAUGAGCAAUCCGAGCUGUCGGCCGAGCUCUCACAGUUCCAAACCAAACUGGCCAAUAUCUUGGCCAAUGCAAAGACCCAGCAAAGCGAACUGGAGAGAGAGGCGGAACGCUGGCGUGAGUAUCAACAGUCCAUCGAUCGCGUCAAGGCCACCAUCGAGCGCACUAAAUUUAUCGAUGAGCCCGUCCAGAAUUUGGCCGGAUUGCACUUUAAUAUUCAGAAGCUGACGCAUGCCAUUGGAAAUGUACAGAGCCAAAACAGUGACCUCUCACUGGUGAAUCAGCAAGUGCAAUCUCUUAUACGCCAAGCGGACGCCCGCAAUCGCCAGCUGAUUGAGCAGGCGAACUCAGCGCUAAAUCGUGACUGGCAGGACCUGGUGCAUAGCCUGGAGCAGAGAAGGGAUAAGCUGCAACAGUUGGCCGAGCACUGGGAUAGCUUCGAGAACGGUCUGCACGGCUGGGAGAAGGCAUUAGGUCGCUUGGAGGAUAAGUUCCGCAAUGUCGACCCAACUGUAAGGUCGCGACGUCAUUUGGAAGAUACAAAGAAUGCCAUUCAGGAACUGCGUGAAGAAUCAAAUGAACUUAAAUCAUCACAUAAAGAAAUCGAAACGCUCUCAAAAUCCAUCCUCACAUUCCUUGGGGAAGUACACAAACCCUCGGCGGAGGCCAUACAGGCCAAAGUGGAUAAGUUAGUUGAACAGCAAGCAAAAUUGAACGACACGCUACGCGAGAAGGACCAACAGGUUAGCAGGGAUCUCGAGGAGAUCGAGCAAGUGUUCCGCCGCAUCUCACAGCUGCAGGACAAAUUGAACGCACUACACGAACAGCUUCACGCCGUACACGUCUACGACGAGCACAUUGCCCAAACGGAACAGGCCCUCAUCAAACUCAAUAGCCAGGUGCAGCAGGCCGGCGAGGAGAGUCGCGCGCUUGUCGCGCAAACCCAAGCGCUCUAUCAGACCAAACAGAAUCAAUUGCCCAGUGAUAUUGCCCAGGAGUUUACCGCACUUGAGCUGCUAGCAGAACGCGUGCAGGUAACAAUGGAGACCAAAGAGAAGGAUUUCAAGCGUGCCAAGACCGUGCGCACGGACUAUUUGGCCGGUGUCGAUGAGAUUCAGCGCUGGCUGCUGCAGGCCGAGGUGCAGGUGCAGGAGCGCACACUGGAGCCGACACAAAUGAAGGAGCUGCUGCAGCGCAUCAAUCACGAAAUCGGUGCCAUCUACGAACGCUUCACGCUGGUCAAGACCAACGGCCAGCUGAUCAUUGAGAAUUGUCGCAACAGCGAGGAGAAGACGCUGGUGCAGUCGACCAUUGAUCAGUUGGCCGCCCAGCUAGCCCAAGUGCGUGGCUGGCUGGACGAGAAGAAGCAGGCUGUGGGCGAUAGUUUGGAUGCUUGGACGCGUUUCAUGAAUCUGUACCAGAUUGUCAUGUCGUGGGUAGCGGACAAGCGUACGUUCAUCGAUCAAACCAUUGAGCUGCGCACGCUGCCCGAGGCGCGAUCCAAGCUGAAUGACUAUGUGACGGCUGUGAAGAGUAUUAAACCGAUUGUAAAGCAUUUGAGCGAAAUGGAUAAGGAACUGGAGCACAUUGGUCAAGUGACGACCGUGGGCGAUCUCAAGGACAAACUGCAGCAGGCCGAGGAUGCGAAGAUAGCCGUGGAAGCAGUGCUGCUGGAGAGGAACUCGCUGCUGCAGGAGGCCUGUGAAGAGUGGGAUCAAUGUGAGCGCAAGAUCAAGGAUAUCCGUGCCUGGCACGAGAAGACCAAACAGACCUUAGACUCCUCGCCACAGCAAAAGAAGCCGCUGCGCGAUCAGCUGGGCUACUGUGAAAAGACUCUGGCCGACAUAAAUGUGCAAAAAACCAAACUGAGAUUGUCUAUUGAAAAACUGGAGGUGCACUUCCGCAACGGCAUGGGCGGUGAUCCGCGCCUGAGCGAAAAUGUUGACGAUUUGGUGCGCGUGCUCGAUGGCCUCGGUGAACUGGUGAAGACCAAGUCACAGAGUCUCGAGCAGACGCUGGCCCAAAUCGAUGUCUAUCAACAGCAAAUGCAAACGCUCCGCCAGCGUAUUAUACAGGAAGAGCAGCAGCUGCGUCAGGUUAUGGCGCCCACGUACUUGCCGCACGAUCGUGAGCGCGCAUUAGCCGAGCAACAGGCCUUGCGACAAUCAAUCGAUGGCAUGCAGCAAAGCUACGACGCAACCGCCGCCCAAUCCUAUGCUCUGGAUCCACAUUCAGUGGUAACCACUUCAUCGACUGUCUCGUUGCUUAUGAAGCCAACGGCAGUAGGUCUAACCUAUGCUGAAGUGUUAUCAGGACAUGCGAGUCCGGUAAGCAGUAAUGAAACGGCGACGAUCCCCCGACAAGAAAUUCAAGAAACUCCCGACACGACCACGACCCAGACAACAAUAACGACCAGCCAACACCAGCAAGAACAGCAACAACAACAGCUACAGUCACAAACGAACCUAAACCAGCGGAAUACAAUCAUAACAACAACAACAACCACACGAACUAUAUCAAACGUACGUACGCACGAGGAAGAAGAAACGAGCUCGGAACCAUUAACCACUGUGCUCUAUCAGCGCAAACAGCGUGUUACACCACCCAGCAGCAGCAACAAUACUACCUCCGACUAUGAAGAGACAACUGUCAACCAUUCCCAAGUGGAAACGUCUAGCAGCACAUCAACAAUAGAUCAACAAGUUCCUAGCACUAGCAUCGAUCCGAAUAGUCAGUUUAUCGAAAUGGAGCGCAGUCAGCAGCGUAUGAAUACGGGUAAGAAAUUGCAGCCGCCGCGUCCCGAACGUCGUGCACGUUCACCGCGACGCAGACGCGAACCACAAAGCGCUGUACAGGUGGAUAGCACACAAACGCAUCAGCAACAGCAACAUCCUCAGCAACAACAACAACAACAGCAACAGCAAUACCAACAUCUUUAUCUGCCGCAAGAGGAUCGCGCGCGUUCGCGUAGCCCCAUUUGGGUGCCGGGUUCGACAUCGUAUGCAGAAGUAUUGCGUGGUAUGGAGCUAGAACGUUUAAAGGCCGAGGAGUUGGCUAGGCAAACGGCCCAGCCGCAUACAGAUCUGACCAUACAGGAUGUCGUAGAUGCCAGUGGUGCAGCGGGAAAUAUUUUUGUGCCACGUAACAAACCAGAGCAGCAUCAACAGCAAAUGGAUCAGUUCAUAGGCGAGCCCAGUGCUGACUUGGGCUAUACUCAGCCGCAGGCAGAGCAGAAGCAGAUAUCCAAUUAUGAAGUGCCCAUGACAGCGGAGGAAAUUGCCGCCACCUAUUUGCAACCAGAUCUACAACUGUAUCAGACCAUGUACGAGAAUGUGGCCGACAGCGGUCAGUGGAGCUAUGUGGCUGGAUCGAGCGGUGAGCCACAGCAGCAGGCGGUGCCACAAAACUACUAUGAUCAAAUGAUGCAGAUGCAAUAUCCCAUACAAUACCAGCCUGUGGCAGGGCCGCCAACAACUACGCAGUACCAGCUGCUAACGGGCUAUUAUCAGCCUGUUGCGCAAUCAGAGACCUAUCCAACGGUAUAUACGACGGAGCCCUCGCAAAUCUAUUAUGCCCAACAGCCGCAGGUGUACACACAGGAGUAUACUCAGCAGCAACAGCAACAGCAGCAGCUGCAACCGCAGCAAACAGAAAUUAGUACGGACGUACCCGUCUAUCAGCCGGAGAUUGUGAAUCAAGCUUAUCUGCUUGAGCCUUACCGUCCAGAUGGGAAUCAGGCAACAACAUCCACAACAGGUAAUAGCGUACUCGACCGUGUGGUGACAACUCUCGCAUCGAUGGUGCAACAGAGUGCUGAACCGCUAACAACGAGCACACAGCAAAUUCAGGCGACGGUUGUAACGCCACAAGCAGCUCAGGAACAGGUGCCAGCACCACAGCCGGUAUUCAUUGAGGAGCAUGUGCAGAUGCUGCGACCAGUGGAACCGCAAGAGUUUGAAAUGGAUGAACCACGGCCCGACAUAACUUUUGGUCAGUUCGAUGUCGAUGCAAUUGAGACCAUACCUAUUGAGGUACCUCAGUCACAGCCUCAACAACAAGCACAGCCACAACCACAACGGGACAUAACUAAAACGACAUUUGUAGAGGAAACAAUUAUCUCGCAACCGAUACAGCCAACUGUGAUAGCACAAAAUAAGGAUACUGAUAUUGUCGUCGUACGUCCCCAAGUGCAGCAGCCCAGCAAGAAUGUAUAUCAGCAACAGGAUCCCAGUACUGGCAGCACCUAUGCCGAAGUGCUAUUUGGCCAACAGCAUAGAUCAGCGCAUCCAGUUUUCCAGCCAUCCAGUCAACAGCAACAAAUUCCAGUACGUGUUGCGGCACCCAUGUCGCAAAUUCGCAAUGCUGAACAUACAACAACAACGACAACAAUAACCACAAAGUACACAACGUCGAACACUGCGACGUCAAAGGGUCACCAAGGUAGGUGGGCAGAGAAGUCCGAUGACAAUGUUGAAGGAAGGAUACCGAGGCCCAAACGGCAACGACAUGAGCAACAACCUGAGCCAUUGCCCAUUAAAGUCAGUAACAGGAAAGAGCCAAAAGCAAGCAAGAAACACAAGUCUCCAGAGACAAAUGGGGCUUCGCACAGUCAUGUUGAGAGUGCGCCAAAGGUAGUCUUUGUCGAGGAGGUACACAAGCCUGAACCGAAACCGAGAAAGUCUAAAAAGAGCAAACAUCCAACAGAAGAAACUUCGGAUAAAAAGGUUGUGGAGUCAUCUCAUCAGGAAAAACAAAUUGCGGAAAUAACAGUUAACACUAAGAAAACAACAAAACAGACGAGAGACAGCAGCCGCGAGGAAACAAUUGAGCACACCAAGAUGGACAAAAAGAAGCCAACGAUUGUUGUCGAAACAACAAAGGUUACAUCAAAGACAGUAGAACCAAUCGUUAAGGUGACGAAGCAGGAAACAGUUGUCGUCGAAGAACCAACAAUUGAAGCAGUUACUGCUCCAUCAAGGAAAGAUAAAAAGAAGGCUAAAGCUGAAAAGGUAGAAGCUGCAUCUGCUACGAAGAAACAAGUUGAGCCUAUUAAGGAGGUCAUAAAACCAACUGAAAUAGAGUCCACUGCACCAUCUAAAUCAAAUGAGAAGAAAACAAUUGUGGUGGAAACUACGAUCUCUAGGGUGUCCGCAAAACAAUCUGAGCCGGUCGAAGAAAUUAUAGAGCCAGCUGAAAAUAUUGUUGUAGUGGCUCCCACAGUUGUGCCAACAUCGCCUGUUUCUACUCCAACUAAAAAGGAUAAGAAGAAAAAGACAACUGUUGUGGUAACUACAUCUACUACAAAUUCAGAUAAACAAAUUCAGCCAAUCGAAGGAGCUAUAAAGCCAGCUGAAAUUGCAGUUGCGGCAUCUACUUCAGAUCCAAAUCCAACUAUUGUUACUACAACUGACAACGAUAAGGAGACAACUAUUGUUGAGAAUACAACCACUGAAACAUUAGAGAAAAUCGUUGAACCUAUUGCUGAUGUCAUUGAAUCUGUUAAAGUUGUACCUACAGCUCAACCAAUUCCUGCUGUUGAAGCACCUAUAAAAACAACAGAAUCAAUAGCUGUAGUGGAGCCAUCGUAUGAACCGACUAGCGCAGUUUCUGUGGAAAUAAAAACGGUAACAAAGAGCUUAGUGGAGCCUACUGUGGACGUCAUUAAGCAAACGGAAAUAGCACCAGUUGGGGAAAUUACAAAUAUCAAGAUUCAUCCAGUAAUCGAAGCCACUACAGAAAAAAUCAUUGAAAAAUUGAUCGAGCCUGAAUCUGUUCAAGUAAAGAGGAAUGAAGAGUCGGAUAAGCCCGUGCCUAAAACAGAAACACCAAAAAGUGUUGAGCCAGAUGUAGAAAGUGUUUAUAUUUCUUCUGAAGUAUCUGACCCUACAACAGUAUCUAGUAUCGAUACGAACGAAACAUUACUGGAAAGUAAACCUGUGGUAACAACGUCGACGAACACGAUUUCUACAGAAAGUGGCACCACUACAAUUACCACCAGGACCAUAACAAAGCACAUUACCAAGCGCAUCGUGAAGCGUAUUAUAGAUGGUAGAGAGGAAAUUGUAGAAGAAGAUGUAAUUGAUGACUUGCCCGAAGAAAAUAUAUCUGUGGAGCAAUUCGAUUUGCCUUCAGUUGAAACGACAAGCUCUGUACCCGGCAGUAUAAUCGUUCCUGGACUAAGCUCAACUCAGGAUACAACUGUUGUUCAAGGCGGUUCAAUUACAAAAACGACAAUAACUAAGACAAAACGUAUACUCAAGCGCAUCACUGCCGAUGGCGAAGAAAUCGUCGAGGAAGUAUAUGAGGAUGAACCCGAGGUGGAGCGUGACAUAACAUUGUUACCGACUACAGUGAUGACUUCCAGGAAUGAUACAGCUCUAAAACAACCAAUAGGAUCUCACGAGGCUAUAAUCGAUGCAGCGCAACUUGCUGUCGACGAAAUUGUAGUCAAGGCUGAGCAAGUAGUUGAACCCGAGCCGCAAAAGCCACCGCGUAAAGACAAAAAGGGACAGGAUACUGUCAUUGUCGCACAAACUAUCAAAAUGGCGGAAGUUGAGCCUGAACAGAAAGUUGAAUCUUCGGAUUCUGUAGACACAAAGACAACAGUAACAGUGACAUCAACAACUACUGUAACUGAAACUGUCAGCGAAUCUACUCUCCCAGAAGAACCGAAUACCGUGGAAGCUGAAAAGAAACCUGAGGAGCCCAUGAAACCAGCAUAUGCUGGCCUACCUGUAGAUGAAACGACUAGCACUUGGAUGGAUGUUCUCGAUGAGCCAAUGACAUUCUCUGAUGAUGAAGAGGAGCCAACUACUACAACUACGACGACAGUCGUUGAGCCCGAGGAGAUUGUUGAGUCUUCGGCUUCUGAAAAUACAAAGACAACAGUGACAGUCACAUCAACAACUAUUGUAACUGAAACUGUUAGCGAAUCUCCCCUAGAAGAACCGAAAACGGUAGAAGCUGAAAAGAAACCUGAAGAGCCCAAGACCGUGGAAGCUGAAACGAAACCUGAAGAGCCCAAAAAACCAGCAUAUGCUGGCCUACCUGUAGAUGAAACGAGUAGCGCUUGGAUGGAUGUUCUCGAUGAGCCAAUGACAUUCUCUGCUGAUGAAGAGGAGUCAGAGAAGGAAGUUUCUGUUGAGAAAGCACCAGUUGCUGAAACAAUUACUACAACAACUACGACGACAGUCAUUGAGCCCGAGAAGAUAAUUGAAUCUUCAGCUUCUAAAGAUUCAAACAGAGUGACAGUCACAUCAUCAACCACUGUAACUGAAAUUGUUAGCGAAUCUACUCUUCCAGAAGAACUAGAGACAGUGGCAAUUGAGAAGAAACCCGAAGAGCUCAAGAAACCUGAAGAGCCCAAGAAACCAGCAUAUGCUGGCCUACCUGUAGAUGAAACGAGUAGCGCUUGGAUGGAUGUUCUCGAUGAGCCAAUGACAUUCUCUGAUGAUGAAGAGGAGCCAACUACUACAACAACUACGACGAUAGUCGUUGACCCCGAGGAGAUUGUUGAGCCUUCGGCUUCUAAAGAUUCAGACACAACAGUGAAAGUCACAUCAACAACCACUAUAACUGAAACUGUGAGUGAACCGACUCUUCCAGAAGAACCAAAGACGGUAGUAAUUGAGAAGAAACCUGAAGAGUCCACGAAACCAGCAUUUGAAACGAGUAGCACAACCCAUGUAACUGAAACUCAACUCGAAUCUAUAGUACCGGUAGAGCCGCCAACACUUAAAAAUGCACCACAGGAACAAACAGUAAUGCAGUCGCAACAGAUAGCAAAUUUGCCGCCCGAAGCACAAUCGUGGUCCUCAAUCGUUUCAGAAACAAUAACAGCUACUAGUCUUGAUACUCAAAUCACUCGUGAACAAAUUUCAUCUAUUCCAGAUGUGGAAGAUAUCGCUUGCAAAAAAGAGAAUAUCGCAGCUCCUGUUGAUGAUAAGCCCAAAAAGCAAAAGUCUAAGAAAGAAAAGAAGAUGAAAAUUCAAUCCGAGCAGGAUGUUGAAAAAUCAAUUUCAGAAGAAGAAAUGAAAGUAAUUGUACCGAAACUAGUUGAGAAUAUCGUAGAUCCUAAAGUUCCGAAUCAGUCAUGGUCAUCAAUUGUUUCGCAAGCGGUUGAGGAUUCCCCAGCUAUAACUGAACCUGUUAGAGCUGAAUCAGCUCAAACACGCCACUUUGUUCAAGACUUUAUUCACAAAGAGCAAAGCUUCUCAACAAUUGUAAACGACAAACCAAAUAAACAAAAGCCUAAAAAGGAGAAAAAAUCACCCCAUGAAAGUAAACCUAUUGUAGAACAAUUGGAAUCAAUUGAAACUAUCGAAAAUACAUCGUCUCAAACUCAGUCGUGGUCCACAAUUGUUUCUCAAACAAUAACGACAACAACUUAUCAGACAGACAUUGCACCUGAACCUGUUUCAACUGUUCUUGCUUUAGAAAUUCCUGUUGAUAAGCCAAAGCCGCAAAAAACAAAGAAGGAUAAGAAACUGCCACAUUCAGAGAGUCAGCCAGAGCCCGUUCUCGAAAAUACUGCUGUAGAAAAAUCAGUAGUUGCUGAUGACACUGAAGAAGUCGAUACAAUAUCAACAAAUAUUGUAUUUACCGAAGUUCCCACACAGUCCUGGUCCUCAAUUGUCUCACAAACUGUUGAUGACUCUCCAAAAAUAACUGAACCUAUUGAAACCGAAAAAAUAUCUGAGGCAGAUCCAUCUAUGCACCACAUACAAGAUUUUAUCCAAAAUGAACAAAACUUUUCAUCCACUGUAAAUGAUAAACAUAAGAAACAGAAGUCCAAAAAAGAAAAGAAAUCAUCUUUACAUGACCAUGAGACUAAACCUGUCGUUGUGGAGCAAUUAGAGAAGCCGAAGGUGUCUGAAACAGCUGAAACUACUGACGAUACGCAGUCCCCAACUCAGUCGUGGUCCACAAUUGUGUCACAAACAGUAACAACUACGUCUCAUCAGACUCAAAUAACUCCUGAAUCAAUUUCAUCUACUCAAGAUGUGGAAGCUAUUGUUUGCAAAGAAGAGAAUAUCGCAGUUCCUGUUAAUGAAAAGCCCAAGAAGCAAAAGUCUAAGAAGGAAAAGAAAGCUAAGAGCCACUCAGAGCCAGUUGUUGAGAAGUCGAUUGUUGUUGAAAAAUCAAAAGAUACAAUUAAAGAAAAAUCUUCAGGAGUUAUUAAAAGCAUCGAAAUUCCAACGCAGUCUUGGUCAUCAAUUGUGUCGCAAGCUGCAGAGGAUUCUCCAAUAGUUUUUGAGACAGCUCAAACAAUAACUUCGCCGGAGGACGUUUCUUCUACUGAUCAAAUACAGGACUUCAUUCAUACUGAACAAAAUUUUUCAUCAAUAAUAAACGACAAAUCUACAACACAAAAUACUAAAACCGAAGAUAUAACAAAGCCUGUUGAGGUGGAACAUACACUUCUCGAAGAGCAGAAGACACCAAUUCAUUCAGAAUCAGUUGUAACAAUUGAAAAGAAACCAUCCCAGCUUCAGUCGUGGUCCACAAUUGUUUCACAAACAACUCUUCAGACUGAAAUAUCGGCUGAACCGGUUUCAUCUACUUCAAAUGUGGAAGCUAUCAUUUAUGAAGAUGAGAAUAUCGCAGUUCCUGUUGAUGAUAAGCCUAAGAAGCAAAAGUCUAAGAAAGAAAAGAAGGUUAAGAGUCAUCCAGAGCAGGUUGUAGAAAAAGCAGUUGUAGAUGAACCAAAGGAAAUAAUUGCACCAAAACUAGUAGAUACCGAAGCUACAGCCCAAUCGUGGUCAUCCAUUGUAUCUCAAGUAGUAGAGGAUUCUCCCAUUAUUGAAACUGUUCCAGCUGAAAUAAUAUCUGAGCCAGUUGUACCUACACAAAAUAUACAAGACUUCAUAAACAAUGAACAGAACUUCUCAACUGUUGUUUAUGCGGAACCAAAAGUCGAAUAUGAUACUGAACCAUCGGCUGUAGAGCCCAUUAUUGUCGAAGAACAGGAGAAAAAAAUUGAUUCAGAUCCAACCGAAUCUGUGGUGGAUGCACCAUCUCAACCUCAGUCAUGGUCCUCAAUUGUUUCACAAACCACAAUAACGGAAACUCGUCAUACUGAGGUGUUGCCCGAAAUAUCAAACGUUAAAGAGCCCAUUCAUAAAGAAGAGAAAGUUCCAGUGAACGACAAGUCCAAAAAGCAAAAGUCCAAAAAAGAGAAAAAACCUGACUUUUCUGUGCCUGUUCCCGUCAAAAUUGUUGAAACGAAAACGGAAACAUAUGAAACUAAUGUUAUGACAGAAAAUGUCCCGAAUACCCUGUCAUGGUCGUCUAUAGUUUCACAACAAACCGAACCUGUUGAACUUGAACUGACUAUAAAACCAAAAUCCAAGAAAGAUUCACCCAACUCAGCACUAACGUCAAUUACGGCUAAAAAUGUGACAAGCAUUGUUGAGGAACUGCCAGUGGAAAUAAAGGAGAACACGUUGUCCAUUGCUGAUGAAACACCAGCUAAAUCUCAGACAUGGUCAUUAAUGGUAUCGGAAGCAAUCGAUGAACCGUCCCAUAACAUAGAUGAGUUUAUCCGCCACGAGCAAAGAGUUACGAUUGCUGAAGACAAACCGAAAGCAAGGAAGGAAAAAACUAGAAAAGAAAAGUUGCAAGAAAAGGUAGAUCAAGAACCCACCCCCACUUACGAAGAAAAUGUUAUAGCUGAGGAAUCUAAGAGCGAAACAGAACCGAAACCAUUGCCUGUAGAGCAACCCAGUUCACUAGAUUUCAAGAUUGAUCUGCCAAAACCAAAGCCAUCCGUCUGGUCCUUAUCCGAGACUUACGCCGAAGUCGUUAAAAAGUCGGGUUAUGCCAACACUACCCAAAUUCGCUAUCAAGACACUGAAUCGGACAGUCAAAGCAGCAUUGAACCUACAAGAAAUGAUCAAGCCCAAUCCAAAUUAAUCGACGAACGACUUGAGAGUUCUUCUACUGUAUUAGCCGAGGAAUUCCCUGAUCCGGUCAUUCCUGCGUCUGAUGACAGAUUUGACGAAGUGCUCGAAUACUCUGAAAAGCCAUCAUUGUCUUGGAAGGAAAUAAUGGAUGAAGAAGUCGAUUUGGAAAUUCCGGCAUGGACACCUUCUGAACCACAGUUAAAGGAAACCACUGUAGAGCCCGUAAUAGAAAGGCCUUCCCGCACAAUUGGCCGACCAUUAAUAAAAGUCACUGAAGUUGAGAACGUCAAUGUACAAGCCUUGCCGCAGGAUGACCAAGGUUUCCUUGAAAUAGUUUCAAAGAAAAGGAAUCGUUCUCGAUCGCGCUCACAGCAAUCACAAAAUUCCAAUGUGGGUGAAAAGCCUCAAAAGAAAAAAUCAAAGAAACCAAAAGAAAAGCCGAUUAUGCCACAAAAAACAUUGGCUGAACCAUCUCCUGUAAUAGAGCCUUCUACAAACAAGAGUACUGCACGUGUUCCCUUAGAAGACAAUAGCCAAUCGACUCCAGCACCCAUUCCGAUUACAUCGGGUAUGUCAUGGGCGGCAAUCGCUGCUCAUAAUGUUCCAGAGCCUCCACAACAAAUAAGACUUAUUCAAAUAGAGUCCAAGGAAACAAGCACAAAAGCAAUUGAAACAAAUGUGGUAAAUAGUUUGGAUACACUUAGGAAAAACCUAAUACUUGAAGCACAGCAAUUAUAUCCCAAAUAUAACGUGGUGGAAAGUCAGUAUGAAAUUUUCAAACAGAAUAAGCCCAAAGAACUUUCGCCCGAGACUAUUGCCGAAUCGCCCCAGGAUGAGACAUUUAUGAAUGAUUAUGUGAUAAUUGAACCUGAAGCAUUACCCCAAAUUAAUUCUGAAAUUCUUGCAUUCAAUUUAAGCCUUGACAAAGAAAAUCUUUUGCGUCCCCUUCCUUAUGAUUCCAUUGCUCAGUUGCAUCUUUUAAACAUAGAAAAGUCCGUUGAUCCCAAAGUAGAAGUUAAGGAAAAGUUGCUUGUGGAACAGCCACAAACUAAAGUUGAGGAAGUAGUUUCUGAAGAAGACCUAAAACAACCCGCAACUGAAGUAUCAACUAAAGUUGAUACAGAAACAAUAGUCGAACCCAAACCUGAAAUUGAAAAAGUAAUACUCAUUGAUAACUCAUUGGAGUCGAUUACGACACCUAUAUCAAUAGCUGAAAAACCAAGUGAACUAACUUGGCAUCUGAGUCAGGAUAGUUUCUUGAAUUAUAGGCAAAGGGCAGAUGAUGCGUACGGACUACUAAUGACGAUUACUAAAGACUCGACCAAGACGGAUUUAGAAAAAACUCAGGAAACCCAGGACGAUAAGCAUAAGACUGACAUCAUUACUGAAACUGUAGUGAAAACGACCACGGUUACAGAAUCAAGCCAAUUGAUAACUGAUAACGCUGUAGAUAAGACUGAACCAGAAGCAUCGUCAAUUGUAAGCAUUCCUAAGGUAGAAGUGCCAGCAACAGCACCUGUUGGCGGCAUUGAUGAGUUACGUCUAAAUCUUUACCUUGAUGACUGGCGAAAACCCAGCAUUGAUGUGGAUUUAUACGAGACAAGCAUCGAAAGACCAAAACGUGCUGAUGUUGCGGACAUUGAUACAAAACCAGACAAAGACAAGAAACCCGAUGAUGUUAUCAACCAACCAGACAAAAAGAACGACGAUAGUGACGACGAUGACGACGACGAUGAUGAUGAUGGGGAUAAACUGACUGUGCCUGAAAUUCGUAAGCCACACGACGAUGACGACAAACCGAACGACCGCGAUCCUGGUAGUGGUAGCAGUGGCAAUGCAACGCCCACACCCGAGCAAGAUGCAGCUCAGUACGAACAAAAUCGCAGCUGCUCAUCGGAGUAUAUGUCAACCGAUUUGCCGGGCGGCGUAGGUCACUGGCGGGACCAAAGUACUUAUUUGGCUUUAGAAGCCGAGCCUCAGGUUAAAAUAGAAUCGGCACCAACAGUAGAGUCUAAGGAUGUUGUUCUAACCGAAACUAAAACCAUUGAGCUGGUGCCUUCUGUGCCAGCUGAAUCAAACACUCUCACAACAACAACAACACCCGAAACAAGYCCCCCCACCCCAUCCAAUGCUACAAACUCAGCUAACGUUGCAAACGCACUAAUCCAAUUGGCGAGCGCCACAACUCAGACGCUGAACGUUGCUGCCAAUGCGGCAGCAACAGCAACUAAAGCUAAAACUCUGGCAGCGACGAGCGUCAUUUUGCCAGUUGCAGCGGCCGUUGUUAAUAAGCUAACAACAACAAUAACAUCGCCAACACCAACGCCAACACCAGCACCAACAUCAACGCCAACGUCGACAACACCAGUGGAGACAACAAUCCAGCCCGAGCAGUUGCCGCAACCGCAAGCACUCAAAGCACCAGCUGCUGUUGAGUUGCCAGCAACAGUUGCUGCUGAAAUGGCAACGACAACAACUACAACAAGCGAAGAACCCAAUGAACUGUCUCUGGAAGCAGCUCCUGUUGAGAACACAAAUAUCGUUAAGCGAACUGUAGUAACGACCACAACGGUAACGACAACAACAACCAGUGAAACGGCAGAAGCAGCAGCAGCAGCAGCACCAUCAAAACCAGCCCCAGACAGCAGCAACACAAUGACAACGACAACCACAACAACAACAACAACAUCGAGCAACAAUUUGCUUGAGCCCCAACAGCAACGCCAGAAGGAUACCAUCACUCAAGAGCUCGACGAACUACUCCAAUCGCUCUCAACCAUCGAGGAUGGCAUUGGAAAUAUGAACCACAGCAGCUUGGAGGGCAUGCAACAGGGACUGAAGCUAAUCCAAAAGAAUCUGGAAGUACAUGAGAAGGAAGCCCUAAAACUAAAGGAUCAAGCUAAGACAUUGCCAACAGACCCAGGAACUGAGCGUUUGCUAAACGAGACAGUAGAUCGCAUCGAUCUACUGUUGAGGCGCACACAACAAGGCAUUUCCAUGAUAGCCAGCGCGAUGCAUGGUCAAAAGAAGCGCGAGGAGGAGAUCGACGAGUAUCAGAAGCAUUUGUUGGAGCUUGAACGCUGGAUCAAUGACGUCUCGGCCGAACUGGCCUCGUUCGAGCCCACCCCUGAUAGCAGCACCGACGAGCAUGUGCUAAAGACACAGGUGGAGCGUAGUCAGCAAUUGCUGCGCACUCUGAAGGAUCGACAGCAGUCCAUGGAUGAUUUGGUGGAGCAAACGCGUGAGCUGCAGACACACCCCGAUGUGGCGCCAUUGGCCGACACGCUGAUGGAACAGCUGCAGAGCAUCAUUAUCAUCUUGCGGGAGCAGAUCACCGUGGCCACCAAGCGCGUCUUCACCAUUGAGAAGCGCAUCGUGGACCUGCGCAAGGCCAAGCGAGAUGAGUCACAGCGUCAGCGCGUGCUGGCCGAUGCACAAAUACUGGCACCAGUCAGUGUUAGCGCAGCGCCCGAAUCCAUCGAGUCCAAUGAGAACACAAUUGACUCGAGCUCCAUGCCGGAAGAAGAGAUCAAGCCCACUGGUGUUUAUGUGGAGACACAAACAUCACUGAGCUUCCAGCAGCAGCCGGAGCAACAACAGCCCCAGAUCGAAACUAGCAAUGUGGAGGCGCAGACCAGCUUCCAAGAGCUUCCGCCGUUGGCCGCCAUCGAGACUGCAGAAGUCGCGCUGCAGACAAUCAAAGAACGUGCACCGACUGAAAACAUAAUGGUCACACAGACUGUGCAGGAUGGCCAGGAAACGAUACAGAUUGACACACAGCUCAAUAAGAAUAUACCCGAAUCGCCGGAGGAUGUGGAAAUCGAGGCGCGUUACCAUCAACAGCCCAAGGGCGAUGUGGAUCGAGCCACAGAACUGAUCAUAAAAAAUGUGCCACAAGCUUUCGAAACGACAUUUGUUGAGCCCGACGAAACCACAACCGAGGUGGUUGUGGGCGCUGAUGGCACCAAGCACAUUGUCGUGAAGAAAGUCACGCGAACGCGUCAGCAAAUUGUGCAGCAGCAACAGAUUAGCUCCAUUGAGACAGUCAGCGAUGCUGACGGUAACAUUGAAGUGCAGUCAACCGGCCAGAUAAAUCUGGAGAAUGUGCAGACUACGGACACUGUGGCUGACCCAGACCAGAGUGCCUAUCGCACCGUGGUAACGCAGCAAACGCGCGGCACGCUGCUGGAUGGCUCCCAGCCGGAGGCUGUGGUUGUCAGCGAAUUCGAGACGGAGCCGGUUAUUGAGAAAUACGAACAGCUACUGAGUCCCGAUGCGCAAGGCAACUUGCAGCCAUUCCGUGCAGCGGCCGGCGAGUCCACAGUUGACGGUCUAGGUGGUCUAGGUGGCAGCAGCAUACACACAGUUUUGCAGCAGGUGACUCGAAAGGUCAUACGCAAGACGCGUAAGAUAAUCAAGCGUGUGGUCAUCAUCGAUGGCAAGGAGCACGUGACUGAGGAGGUGGUUGAGGAGCCCGAAGAGAUUGAGGUGACUGAGGAGGAGACAAUGCCGCAUGUCAGCGUGAACAUUGUGCGCACGGUGAAUGGCAAAGUGGUGAGCGAGGAGGAGUUCCAGAGCAUGAUGCAGCAGCCGGGCGUAGUUAUCGAAGAAGUUGCAACGGAUCUGUCACAACAGACAGUUGAACCGCCGCAACAGGUAUUUGAUAUUGAGUCUAUCAACAUCUCCAACACCACCACCACAACCACACAAGAACAGACAUCACCAACAACUACAACAACAACAACAACAACUGCAACUGCAAUUACAACAGAAACGACUAAAGCAGCACCUGUAGAAUUGCCAGCACCUCAAGUAGACAUUGAAGAAAUCGUAAAUGUUGAAACUAUCAGUCCCGUUAAUGUUGCAGAAUCUGCAGUAACAGUACCUCAAGAGCCCACAACAACUACUCAAGUAACCACCACUACCACUACCACCAAAACAACAGCAACAACAUCAGAUGGCCAACCCGUGGUGGAAGAUAUUAAGGAAAUUUGGCCACAGGAGCACCAUUUGGUAUCCACAAACAUAGACUUCUCCCAGCAUGUCGAAGAGGUGGCACCACCAACAGUUCCCACCAGUCCAGAGACAUCAAUGCCUGCCGAAACCAUUUGGCCAACUAGUCCAGAGACUGGCAACUCCAUUUCACUGGAAUCGUAUGUGUUUGAGCCAACGAUCCCAACCGCUGUUAGCAUCAAAUCCGAGACAACAGAGGAAACCCAAGAAAAGACUGAAAAGCAGCCGGAAGAGCCUAUACCUAAAUCCAAAAUUGACAUAGAAGCCUUCCUUGCAGCUGAAAAAGCACAAGCUCUACCCGCCAUAAGCAAACCUGAAAAAUCCGCUGAGCCGAUAGCUCAACAGGUUGAACCAGCAACUCAGCCAGAAACAAUUGCGGAGCAAAUUCAACCAGAAAUUGUAGAAGUUGAAGAAUCUGUGAUAGAAGUGCCUCCCAUCGAUAUUGCCGAUAAGGAGCUGGCGACGCCACAAACCGAUAUAAAUGUGGCCACACAGCUAUUUAUUAUGGGCGAGGCAGCCGCAGCGGACUCGCCGCGCAAGACCUAUCAGAUAACGGCGCCCUCUAUUGAGAGCACUGGAGCUGGUGUGCUUAAGGUUGCCAUGGCACCGACGACAGAGCUUGAGGAAAGCAGUGCAACGACAACACCUGCUAAGGUAACCAUGACCAUUGUGGAGACUGUCACAGCACCUGUAGACCAGGACGACGAUGCGUCGACGAAGCGAAGUCGAAAGAAAAAGAAGAGAAGAGAUGAGCCAGACGAAACGAUUGAACAAAAGCAACCAGAGCCGUUGCCCGUCCCCACUCCCGCUCCCGUUCCCGUUCCCGUUCCCGCGUCCGACAUUGAGCCAGAAUCAGUCCACGAAACAGGCUACGAGCCAGACGAAAAGUCGGUGAGUGAGAAUGUUGAUGAGGAUUCGGCUGAUUCGAAGAAGAAGCGUCGCAAGAAGAAGAAGCAAAAGGAGAAAUCACAAGAGGAGGAAUCACAGGUACCGCUCUCUUCCGAUCACUCCCUGCGUGAUGAUACGACCAGCGUGGAGUCCGAAGGUAAAUUACGUCACGAAGCAGUCGUCGAGAUCAGCACAGAGAGUGAAUUAUCGAGCAUGGAUAUUGACCAGAGUGUCAAAGUGGUGGAAGACUCGAUCAUACCCUCACCCACAGAGCAGUCGCGUGAUCCAUUUACACACGUGGUUAUACCCACAGAGAUUGUAGAGCUGGCGGUUCUCGAAGAUGUGGAACAACAGACGACGCCACGUGUAGCCACGCCUCCGACAACUGCCACUGAACAGGAUAUGAAGUCUUCUCAGACCUCUCCCCAGCACAUGCCCAAAUUGGAUGAGACAGCGGUACAAACGAGCAUCGAAGUGCAGCCGGCUAAUCAGGAGAGCGAAUCGCAGACCCUGAUUGUGGAAAUUACCGAAACCGAAGCACAGACAACGCCGCGCACCACUGAGCAGCCCGAUCCCAUUGAGACACUCAGCACGGAAAUGCAAACCGAUGAGAAUGGCCAGCCUCGGCCAACAAUGGAAAUUUCCAGCCAAACCAUUGUGACAACCACCACCGAAAAGGAGCUGCAAACCACUCCCAAAGAUUCACCACGUUUGGCUGAAUCAAGCAGUGACCACAUCAUCCAGCCCCUAGUUACAGAAUUGGUUAAGGACAUGACCAUUGACUUGCCCGUGCCCACAAGGGAGCAGUCCACAUUCAUGGAGGAUACUGUCACCAAGGAGACUCAUAUGCAAACUAUAACGCCCGAGCCAACUGAAGUGGUGGCUAGUCAGCCUGAAGCACCUGUCGAAGUCAGCGAUGUUCUUGUGCAGACAACGCCGCGUGAAGAGCCACAGCCGAUCUCCCUGGACGAUAACUCCUUGACAGCCACAUCCAUAUCGGAACCCUACGAACUGGAGGUGCGAACCACAGUGGCCAUUCCCGCGGAUUCGGAUACGUCUGUGGUGGAGCCAACGCUGUACGAAUACACACAAACGAUGCAGCUGCCCAAGCCCGAGAGGAAAAAGAAGAGCAAGGGCAAGCCCGUGCCACAGCCAAUUCCAGCGCAGGAUUCACAGAUCAGUGUAAGCGUCGAGAUCGCACCCGAACUGUUGGGCGAAUCGGGCAUUGUGCUUUCGACCAACCAGCAAAUUGAAGAGGUGCCACAUCUGCCGCCAGUGCCGGACUUUGAGCCCACUGAAGCAGAUCAGCAGAAGCCACCGCAGCGCGUGCAGUUGCAGAUCACAAAGACCACGGUAUACGAUGAAUACCCCGACUUGCCGGUGCACAUUGUUGAGCAGAACAAGGUGAGCAUUGCCGCACAGCAACAGAGCGGCAAGCCACGCGGUGGACCGACAUCUUCGGUAACCAUUGAGGAAGUCGCCUCACCCACCGAGGAGGUGGUGGUGCCCAUAACGCCAGGGCCAGAUAAUCUGAACGAACAGGAUGUCUGGAUAGCUGCAACGGGCACCACAACUGUGGAUCGCACUCCUAUUCAAGCCUCUCAGGACCUCAUCAUGAGCGAGGGCUUGCAGCUGUAUCCGGGAACACAAACACAGUUGGCCAAGGAGGCGAUAGGCACUCGCAUCAAGCAAUUGAAGGAGACGACGCCACAGCAGCCAACGCCGCUUACCGAUGUCCUGCACUUGGCCACACUGUCUGAGCAGAUCAAGCAGCUGCCCACCUAUCAGCGUGUGGAAGAGGUCAACGAGGGAUUGAAGGAUUUGGAUGAGGCAAUACGCAGAGGCGAUAAGACUGUUAUUCACACCACGGUCAUCACAGUCAUUGAGAAAGUCUCGACCUGGCUGGAAACUAUCGAGUAUCGUGUCUAUCUCAUACGUCAAAACUCCAAUGAAGGUCCAUCGGAGCAGAAACUGGACAACUACAAGGAGCUGAACAAAGAGCUGUCCACAGUCAAGGCAAAUGUCAGUCAUCUCGAGGGACAGCUCGCCCGAACGGAGAAACCGACGCAGGCGGAGCUGUCUGAGUGCGUGGACACGCUCAAGGAACACAUCGAUGCAGUGGAGCAGGUGACACAACAGAACCAGGCCCAGGACAUCAAGGAUCUGGAGAAGUGGCAGAACUUUGAGCUGCUCUACAGAGAAGUCACCACAUUGCUGGAUUUCCUCCAGGAACGCUACGAGCUGGCAAUCAGUGAGGAGCAUCCGCUGUCCAGAAAACUGGCACUGCUCGAUGACCUGGAGCAGAAUCAUGUGGCUGGCCAAGAGCAGUUGAGUCAACUGAUGCAGACGGCACGCUUCUUCCAGCGUGAUUUCCCCAACAAGCAAAUACCACAGGAUGUGUACAGCACGUAUGAGAAGAGCAAGAAUAUUGGCAACAACAUCGAAGCGGAACGCGAACGACUUCUCCAGCUGCUGUUGCUGGCCGAGGAGUACGAGCAGACGCUGAAGAAGUUCACCAAUAUCACGGUGCUGGCCGACAAGAUGAUGGAGAGCCCCAUUGUGUCCAGCUCCCUGGAGCAGUUGAAUAACGAGGUGCAGAAGCAACGCAAGUUCUUCGUCAAUCUGAGCCACUGUCGCGCCAUGCUGGAGUCGCUCGAGGAGAACAUUGAUAGCGAGACGCGUGAGAAGCACUCGGAGCUGCACAAACAGCUCUACCAGAAGGCCACGCAGCUGCUGGAGCGUGCUUCGGAGCGUUCCUCGAAACUGGUCCAAGCCGCCUCGCGCUGGACCGUGCUGGAGCGGGGCAUGCGCGACGAGCUGCAAUGGCUGCAGGUGGCCCAACAGCGUGUGCCAGAUCUUUCGGCGGUUACAUCCGCCGACUAUGAUCAAUAUGCCACGCUCUACCAAUCCCUGAGCAACGACAUCUCGCACCACUAUGUCAAGAUGACGCAGCUGUCGGGCAUAGCCAACAAGAUGCAGCUACUGGUGCAGGCGCCCAAUCUGGUCGAGGAAACCAACGAUGCCUUGAUUGUGCUGCUGAAACUGCGCGAGGAGGUGGCGCUCUAUUUGCACCGCCUGCUCGUCUUCAAGGAGAUCUGGGUGCAGUACGAACAACAGACCGAGAAAAUGGAGGCAUUCGUGCGCGAAGCAGAACAGGAACUGCGCCAGAUCCAAAUACCAAAGCAGCCCACUGAGCAGCCCAUUCCGCAUAUCAGGCAAUUUUGGGAGAUUAAGGCCCGCUUCGAGCUGCACAACAAUAUACGGAACGAUGCAGGCCAUAGUCUCGAGAAAUCCCUGCAAGUGAUACCGCUGGCCGACGAGAUGUUGCAGCGGCAGUUCCACGCACAGCUCGAGGAUCGCUGGCAAGCAGUGGCCCAGGCCAUCGAGCAAAUACAACGCAAUAUUGUGGAUUGUCUCUCCUCGGAGGAUAUGGCCGCUGACGAGAAACUCAAGCUGGUGGAACGUGAGCUGCAGGAAAUCUACCUGACCAUGACCAGCAUGAAGGGCGUCAUCAAGAACGAGGAGGAGCUCUGCCUGUACAUCGAGCGUGUCCAGGUGCUGCGCACACGCGUUGGCUUCAUUGGCAACGAGCUGGGCCGCAUUGGCCUCCAGGAGCCCACAAUUGAGCCAGAAAAAGUGGGUGAACUGUUCGCGCUCUCGCACAAGAUAACGACACAAAUAACCGAGGAGCUGGAGUUCGCAUCUGUGCUGCGGGAUCAGCUGCAGGCCAUCCACGAGGGCAUCAGCAAUCAGCGCAAGCAUCAGGCCAAGAUCUCAGUCAUCCUGGAUGAAUGUGAGGCCGCCGAGCGCCAAGGUGCCGACGUUAUCGAAAAGGCCGUCGCCGAUUGCCAGGGCGCUGGCGAGGAGCUCGUGGGUAGCUGGCAGGAGAUAAUGCGCAUACGGCAAAUGCUCCACACGCUGCCCAUGCGCCUGAAGAUGUCCGUGUCGCCGGUGAAGCUGGAACGUGACAUUUCUCAGCUGCAGGACGAUCACGCCUUCCUCGAGAGCAAGUGCACCAAUAUUAUGGCCAUACUGCGUAAUCGUCUGGCGCUUUGGCUACGCUACGAGCGCCAGCUGGAGCUGGUGCAUGGCUCUGUCCAGGAGACCGACUUCAUGAUGGAACUGAUACGUGUCCACGGCCAGGUUGACUACGAGCGCCUACGCAAGGCCACCGAGAGAUUGGAGGGCCUUGCGGGCGAUCUGCAUAGUCGGGAGCAGCUGCUGGACGAGCUUAAGGGCGCCGCCAAGCCGCUGAUCGAAAGCUGUGAUGUGCAGAUAGUGGAGCAAAUUGAAUCAUCCGUACAGGAUGCGGUAGUCGCCUGGAAUGAUACCACCGAGAAUCUGCAACAGCUCUGCACACGCUACCAGCGAGCCGUUGAGCUCUGGGACAAGUACCGGAACGCCUCAGCAGCGGUCAAGAGCUGCAUUGAACAGCAAAUGGACAGCGUCAAGUCGUUGGAGCAACCCUUGGAAACCAUGCAACAUGCCAAGGUCUGCCAAGAGAAUCUUAGCACACAGAAUGAUCGCCUGUUGGAGCUGCGCGAUAUUGUUGCCAGAAUCGCUGCCGAUGUGGGUCUGGAUGCCUCCUCGCUGAUGCAAGGCGAGCUGGAUGCGCUGGGUCAGCGUUUGGCCGAGUGCAAGGAUGCCAUAACGACGCUGGCGAAUGUGGCCGAGACGCAGGACAAGGAGCGCAAGGAGCUCGACAAGGAGGUGACACAGGCCAAGGUUUACUUCAGCAAUGUGCAGCAGGACAUUUCGCGUGGCGAGCCACAGACGCCCAAGGAAAGCGAGGAGCAGCUGGCCGCGCUGCGUGCCCAUCUGCAGACGCUGGCGCGCACCGAGGAGCAGCUGCGUCAGCUGCGCGAGCGCCAGCAUAACAACAAUGAGCUGGCGAGUCCCGUUGCGGCGGCAGUGGCCGACGACAGCAUCUUGGAGGUGCUGGCCAUGUGGCAGAAGAUAUUCCAGGACACCUUCCAGGAGUACCACCGGCUGUCCACGCGCUUGGCCCGCACCCAGAACAGCUCAGAGGCGCUGCGUCUGUGGCGCCAGUACCUGCAGCAUGUGCAAUCCUUCCUGGCCUGCGCCAUACCCGAGGACUAUAGCAGCCUGCGCGAGCAGCAGCAGCUCUGUGCCAUACACCAGAACCUGCUGAUCUCGCAGCAGAGCGUGCUGGCCGAGACCCCGCUCGAGUCGGAGCUGUCGGAGCAGUACAAGGCGCUGACCAACCUGCACAAUGAGACCCUCUCGCGCAUCAUGCAGCGCAAUGGCGAGCUGGAGCGCCGGGUCAGUGGCUGGAAUGCGUACCGCCAGCAGCUGGCUGCCCUCCUCGACUGGCUGCGCCAGCGUGAGGCGGAGCGCAAUGCUCUGCAGCUGCGCUACAUCCACCUGAAGCGAGUGCCACACCUAAAGGCGCGCCUCGACGCGCUGCUGCUGCAGCUGACGCGCGGCGAGCAGCAGAGCGCRGCGCUGAAGGCGCAGCAGCAGCAGCUGCUGCAGUACUGCGACGAUGCACUGGCCACGGCCAUGCGCAUGGAGCAGGCGAGCAUCAAUCAGCGCAUCAGCAAUCUGCGCGCCGCCCUCGAGACCUGGCAGAACUUCCUCAAGCGCAUCAAGCAGCUGGCGGACUCGUAUGAGCUGCGCGUGCAACAGCUGCAGGCGGAGUUCGGCAAGGUGCAACAGCUGCUGGACAGGAGCUCAGGUGAUUCACUGCCCACAGCACCCGCCGAAAUCGAGGAGCGUCUGGCUGCACUGAGGGCACAGCGUGUCCAACUGGGCGCCCAGACGUCCCUGCUGGAGAGCCUGACGGUUAGCCAGGAGGAGCUGAAGGAAUGCAUCAGCCCGCACGACAUAAAGGCCAUACGCCAGCGCAGUUUCCUGCUCUCUCAGCAGCAUGCCGACCUGGACUAUCAGCUCGCCGUGCUCAUCAAUGCCAUCGAGGAGCGGCUCUCGCUGCUCUCCAACUACCAGACGCGCUAUGGACGCAUCUCGGACUGGCUGCGCAGCCUGGAGGAGCGUGUGGAGCGAGACAGUGAUGUGACCGCCAUGGCCAAUCCCGAGCAGGCAGCCAAGCAGCUGGAGCAGCAGAUCAACGGUGAGCUGCAGCUGCGUGACAAGGAGCGUGAAUGGCUGCUCUCCACGAGCCGGGAGCUGCAGACGCUCUACGCGGAUGCCACGCCCCAGGCGCAACAGGUGCGCACACAGGUGCAGCAGCAGAGCGACGCACUGAUCGAUCGCUGGAAUCGGCUGAAGUUCAUGUGCAAGCAGCGUGCCACCAAGAUUGGCGAGCUGAAGCAGACGAUGCUGCGGCUGGAGGAGCGCAUUGCGCUGAUACGCACCUGGUUGUUCGAGGUGGAGUCGCAGCUGGACAAGCCGCUCAGCUUCGAUAGCUACACGCCGAAUGUGAUCAAGGCCAAGCUGAGCGAGCACGAGAAGAUCCAGCGCUCCAUUGAGAAUCAUAGCAGCAAUGUGGGCGAGGUGCUCAACCUGGUCGAAAUGAUGCUCAACGAUGCGGACAGCUGGCGCACCCAGGUGAACACCACGGGCCUGGCCUCGUCCGCCCAGAAUCUGGAGCAGCGCUGGAAGAACGUGUGCAGCCAGUCGGCGCAGCGCAAGACUCGCAUCCUGGACACAUGGAACGCCCUGCAGGAGCUGAUCAAGCUGACCACCGAGCACAAGAAUUGGCUGGCCAAGCAGGAGGCGCAAAUGUUGGUGUUCGAGCGCGAACAGAAAUACGCGAACAAGCAGAAGUUGGAGGAGCGACAGCAGGCGCUGCGCGCCAAGCUGGAGGAGCUGGACGCCGAGUCUAUAAAUCUGCGCAAGCUGGAGCAAACCUAUGCCCGGCUCACCAUGAGUCCCGGCGUGGAGCCCGAGAACAUACAGAAGCUGACGAUGCCCACCAAGGUGAUGCUGAGCAAGUGGCGUAUGUUGACGCCGCGCUGCCACGCCCAGCUGGACGCCAUUGACAAGGACGCCAAGCUGAUGCGUGACUUCAACACGGCUCACCUCGAACUGACCAAAUCCCUGGUUAGCAUACAGAAGGCUCUCGAACAGGUGCCCAGCGCUGAGGAUCAGCUGGCAGACAGCAACGAGCCGAAGGCUGUGCUCCAGCGCCUGGAUGGGCUGGAGCGCAAGCUGCAGCAGGCCGAGCAGCAGGUGCAGCAAGCCAAUGCCCUUGGCAAGGAGGCCGAAGUGCGCUCCAAACAGCAGCCGUCGCAGCUGAAGCAUCUGCUCAAGCUGAUUGCCGAAUAUACAACGCUUUGGCAGACGGUGCAGACGACGCUGACCACGCAGAAGAUGAGCUGGCUGGCGCGUGCCACCAGAGAAGGACUUGCACUUGCGGCUGGAGCUGGUGCUGCAUUGCCCGUCAACGAAUCGCAUGCCAGUGUCCAGGUGAACACGCUGUCCCAGCGCAAGCUGCGCCAGGCCCAACUGCAGCGCGAGACCUCAAUCACGGCCAAGGAUGCGUACAUCAUGGAGCUGCAGACGGCGAUUAUCGAGUGCCAGAACAAUCUGGAGGAGCUGCAGCGCACCAUCGUAGACAAGACGCGCAAGCCGGGUCCCCAGAAGAUUGCCAAGCUGCUGGGCAAUGCCCAGUCCUCCACGGAGCUAGUGAAGCAUCUCAGUCAUCUGCUGCUCACCGAGUGCCAGGCGGACAACGAAGCUGCCCAAGUGGAUGUCGUGUCAGAGCUAGCGUUGCGCUUCGAUACCCUGCAAUCGCAGUGGAAGGCGCGCCAACAGCACGAUCAAAAUGCAAGCAGGUGCCUGCUACCUGCCGCCUACAAAUACACAUGCAUACAUGAGGUCGGCCGGCUAACGUGUCCGCUCUGCACGCAGCGCAAUUGGCAGCAGAUCGACAACGAUCUGUGGCGCCUGGAGCAGUGGCUGCUGUUCGCCGAGAGCACACAGAAAGCACAGACAAGCCCGCCCUCGAACAUUGAGCUGCUGGAGGAUGUGACACAGGAUCAUCGCGAGUUCCUGCUGGAUCUGGAGAGUCACAAGUCGAUCAUCUCAUCGCUGAAUGUUGUGGGCGACCAUCUGGCCACCCACACCAUGGACACGGAGAAGGCGCGACAGCUGCGCUCCCGCCUCGAGGCGGACAACGAGCGCUGGAACAAUGUGUGCAUCAAUGCCACCAAAUGGCAGGGUCUCCUGCAGACGGCCCUGAUGGGCAAUAGCGAGUUCCAUCAGACCAUCGAUGAGCUGGUCGAUUGGCUGCAGCGCACCGAGAAGAACAUCAAGGCCUCGGAGCCGGUCGAUCUGACCGAAGAGCGCAGCGUGCUCGAGGCCAAGUUCAACAAGUUCAAGGACCUGCGCGCCGAACUCGAGCGCUGUGAGCCGCGUGUCGUCAGCCUACAGGAUGCCGCCGAUCAGCUGCUGCGAGCCGUCGAAGGAUCCGAGGAGCAGUCACAACACACCUACGAAAGAACACUUUCCAGGCUAACCGAUCUCCGACUGCGGCUGCAAUCCCUGCGCCGUCUCUCCGGCAUCUACAUCGUCAAGCUGGGCGCCGUCCUCGGCUACGAGGGCGACAACCUGGGCGUGCCGCUCCAAAUGUUGUCAAAUGAGCUUUUGGAUAAUACUACAUUAUCAACCUCUUCUAUGCAGGCCGCCGCACCCAACACAGAAAAUGCAAAUCGCAGCGAUGGCGAUGCUGCCGAUGGCGAUGUCAUCAAUACCACGGUUCUGGCUCGAGGUGCACGAUUCCUCGGGCGCGUUGCACGUGCCUCGCUGCCCAUACAGGCGCUCAUGCUGCUGCUUUUAGGUGUGGCAACACUGGUGCCCCACGGUGAGGACUACACCUGCAUGUUCUCCAACACCUUCGCUCGGAGUCUGGAGCCAAUGCUAUCCUAUCCGCAUGGCCCGCCGCCAACGUAAGCCCUGAUGGCGUUGUCAAUUGGAUUAGUGCAAUAAAUUCAGGGUCAAAACAUCCAUCCCUCCAACCAAAUGUA